AGCGACGUGAACCGAGAGCCGAGGAGGAAGGACAAGGAGUCGGGCUUCACGCGCCCUGCCUCCAAAUACGCGAGGGCGGGGCAGGGGGCGCGUGAGCUUCGCCCGGGAAGCAGCGGGGGCGGGUUUAGAACCCGGUGCCUCGGAAAGUUAUUGGGGCGCGCGGAAGAGCCUCGCUUCCCCAUUGGGCGAGGUCCGGGGAAUUUCGAGGAGGAGGCGGGGCCGGGGGGUUUCCAGUCAAUAGGGCGGUUGCCGGAAUGGGGUUGUGUCGGGAGGCGUGGCGCGCGCGAGUGAGUGGCAGAGCCGGGACAGGGAGCGAAGGUACGGAGCGAGCGUGUGAGGGCUUCGGUGGGUUCUCGUGAGGGUGCCGUGGCAGAAAGGGAGACGACGCGCGAGUCCCCACCGUGAGGGGGCAAAGCGCCCGAGGCUGAAGGGAAGGAAGGAAGGAAGUUGGGGGACUGUGACUGUGUGUGUGAAGAAAAGUGAAUAUGACUAAGGUGGGGGGGAGGGAAAGUUUGGUGACGCGGGGUGGGGGGGUGGGAGAAGGGGGAGGUGAGGGGUUUAUUAUUAUUUUCUUUUAAAAUAUGUACAAAUCACUUUUCUUAACGACCAUUCAUCUGCAUUUAUAAAGUAUCCGAACUGGUACACUGACCUGUUCCAAAUGGUUCACACUUAAUAUCGAGCUCUGCUAGGGUACUAUGUGAGGUAAAACUGAAGGAAAAUAUAAUUAUUAUCCCCCCCCCCAAAAAAAACCCCAACAACUGCUGUGUGUUUCUGAACCUAAGGGGGUUGUCUCCUCUCCCCUGCUCUGCUGAAUGGCUUUUUCUUGGUUUGUGGAGCCUAUCCCUACUACGCCUUAUAAGCCAAACACCUAAAAAUACAAAGUUCUAAACUUAGGUACUGUGGGAUAUACCGUAAUUCCAAAUAAAUAGAACAGGAACCUGGAACACAGUAAACUGAACUGAGACGCUUUGGCACGUGUAUUCCUGGAUGUACUUUGUGUGUGUAGGUGCAAGGAGGAUGUGGUGGGUGCAUACGUCAGUUAAGAGUUUUGCAAGUGUGUUUUACCUCUGCUUGUUUUGUGAUCAGCUGCUAUAAAGCAUGGUUAGAUCACGUCCACACCAUUCCCAGUCUUAUACCACUUUAGCAUACUUUCCCUGGGGAAACCCAGCCAGAUGGGCAGGGUAUAAAUAAUUUGUUGCUGUUGUUGUUGUUAUCAUCAUCAUCAUCAUCAUCAUCCCCAAAACAUGCUGAGAACUGUAGUUUGUUAAAGCUGCUUAGAGUUGUAGCUUUGUGUGUAGAGUUGUCUACUCCUCACAACUUUCAGCAUCCUUAACAAACUAUAGUUCCCAGUUCUUUGGGGGAAACCAUGACUGCCGAAAGCGGUAUAAUACUGCUUUAAAUGUAUGGUGUGGAUGUGGCCUAUGACUAUAGAUUUAAUUACGGUAUCCACAUUGUCUCUGAACUUCCUGGUGGAUAGGCAGUGCCACUCUGACCUGUGGUAUCACUUUGCUCUGUGGCCAGUCAUAGUUAUGGGAAGGGGUGUGAAAUGCUGUGCUAAGAGGAGGCUUUCUUUGCUAUUCAACUUGUUUCCUUUCUCCUUCAAAGAAUCUGAGCUCAUGUGUGGACAAGCCAGCAUCCAUUGUUGACAUCUGCUCUGCCCAACCCAUUGGUUGGCCGCCCUGAGCCCGGCUUCGGCUGGGGAGGACGGGAUAUAAAUAAAAUUUAUUAUUAUUAUUAUUAUUAAAGAAGCCAGUCUGGUGUUCUGAACUAUGUUGGUCAGCUGGGUCUAGCUGCCGUGUUAAUUUCCCACAAUGCUCCUGAUGUAGCAUCCAGGGCUACAUUAAAAUGGCAGUUAGGCACAGCCAGAGGCAUACCUAGACUCCCUUGUGUUUUUGGAAGGAGUUGUACCUUUGGUCCAUGCCGACGACUGGAUUUCUCUGCCAAGGCACCCAGCGGAGGCUGCACGCCUCACCUGGCUGUGCAGAGAAGUUGCCUGGGGAGCUUGCAGAUGGGUGGACGGGCUCCUAGCCACUCCAUGCCAGAGUAGAGUGAUUCAGUUUUUGCACCCUCUUGGUGGUGGCCAAUCUGACCAGCUCCUAGGGACGACCCUGGAUGCAGUUGCUGCUGCACACUGUUGCCUAGCGCUAUCAGGUAAAGCUGAGGGGGCAGGCACUGAUGGAGCACAGGACUCAUCUGAUAUCACUUUGCUAUAUGGUAAUGAGAACUGCUCUAGGUUUACGGUAACUUCAGACGUCCCCUACGAUGGGGCUCUUGAAUAAAUAUCCUCUGGAUCCAGACUGCACUUCCAUUUUACUAAAUGUUGCAAAGCCUUCCCGUUCUUCCUUGAAUGUGGCAUUGUCCUAAUUUAUUACCUACUGUCUCUGUUCUAGUGACAAUUCUAUCUCUUUUAAAGAGCAUUGAGGCCUUAUUUAUGAGACCCAGAGUAAUGCAAUGGGGGAGGUAUUUAUCUGACAUAUCAGACAGUGAACACAGGCCAAGGAUCUGUCUGUGAUCACUUGUGAUGAUCAUGUCUUCCUGAACACUUUGGUGCUGUAAUGUGUAAAGAAGACUUUUUAGAGCUUUCCUCCAUAGAAGUGUGAUUACUUGGAGGACAGAAUUGAAUUAAACUAGAGAUGACUUGUAUAAUAAGUACACAUGGGCAAAGAAUUCCUGCAUUGCAGGGAGUUGGACUAGAUAACCCUCCUGGUCCCUUCCAACUCUACAAUUCCAUGAUUCUAUGAGUCUAUGGUUACCCUGGCUUGGCUUUCCCCACCUUUUAAAAACAGUUGUUUGAGACCCGGUUUGCUGAAUAAAUAUUUGUACAUGAACUAAACAGAAGUUUAGAGAUGGCUACUUGAGAUACCAUUUUGUGUACAGUCUAGCCUAAGUGCCACAACAGCAUCAAAUCUCUAAUCCUACCUACCCUGGCUCUGUGCCAGCAUCACUGACAGUAGAGAGCUCUAAAUGUCUGCAUAGCACAUGCUGUUCAGGUUAGUGCCUGAACCCAUUGACCCCAUGUUAGCAGUUCCAUACAAACAAAUCUGAUUUGGGGAUUUAGGCAGUGCUUAAUUUUGAAAAUGAAGUUGCUUUUUUUAAACACACACACACACACACACACACACACACACUUUCCCUCAAAAUCUCAGAUGUAUGGAACAUUUGUUCCUCUGUACAUUUAUUAUUAUUUCCUCAUGUUUAUAUCCUACCCUUCAUGGAGCUCCUCUCAUUCCUGGAUGGGGGUGCCCUCUUUAUUUGCAGAGCUAGGUUCAGCUGAGAAAAAGCGACCAGCCUGAGGUCACCCAGUGAACUUCGCAGCUCAAGCUAGGAUUUUCAGUCCCCAAAUCAAGUAUAUGCCAAUGUCACUGUCUUCUUUAUCAUGGUUUCAUCUUCAUGGUUGAGCCUUGGCAAGUCUAGUUAAGUCUUGGAGUUAGGUCGCUUGCCCCUGCAAAAAAAUGCAGUAAGAGAACAAUGCCUUAUUAAUACUUUAAAAGUCCAUUCCCUGAUUUCUUCCUGCUCACUAAUCACUCCUUGCUUAGUUCAGAUCUGUGCUGUUUAAUUUUCCUACCUAGUUUGAGCCAAGACUUAACUAUAUCUACACUGUAGUUAGGAUGGAUCACAGCCUUGUGUACCAUUCUGGCAGAAGUGGCAUGGGAGAAUCAUAUCACUCAAGGAAAUACAGUCGUACCUUGGAUCCUGAAUGCCUUGCGAGUCGAACGUUUUGGCUCCCGAAUGCCACAAACCUGGAAGUGAGUGUUCCAGUUUGUGAAUGUUCUUUGGAACCCGAAUGGCCAGUGCAACUUCUGUAGCUUCCGAUUGGCUGCAGGAGCUUCCUGCAGCCAAUCGGAAGCUGCGCCUUGGUUUCCAAACAUUUUGGAAGUCGAACGGACUUCCAGAACGGAUUCCGUUUGACUUCCAAGGUACCACUGUAUAUAAAUAGAGCCUCUUGCAGCAUCUUCAUAUAGGAAUCUGGACUUCUGCACUCCAUUUUUUGUCCAGCCCUGUGUUUCCCAAACACCUGUUUGCCAGGUAAUGGAACUGCAGAAACUGUUGACAUAGGGGAGGCAGGAGGCUGUGUAGCAGUUUACUAUUUGCCCAUUCUCUCCCAUGAUUGCUACAGCCAAGUACUUUCCCCUCAAGUCAAAUUUUUGGGUUGAGCCUCUUUUGGUUUGAGCCUCUGAACAGUGGAUGUGAAAGAGUAGGCCCACUCUUUUAAUUCUUUUGCUUUAUUUCAUUUUCCUGUGGAGUACUUGAUUUAUAUAUUUGUACAAAACAUAUUUUCAUCAUGUGCUUGCUGUACUUCUCAUUCUGUGGGUUGUCUAAAUAAUAAAAGUUCUGAAAACUAGCUUAGCCUAGUGAGAGCCGCCUCGUUGCUCCACUAUUAACUUGUUUGGUGGCCUUGGAAGGUUUCAUUGCUUCUGCUUAAACAUUCCUCAUAGAGUUUUCAGGAAGAUGAAUAACUAAUUAUUUUACAUACAUUAGAAGUAGUGGGUACUUCAGUAAAAAGAAAAUAAAUCCCAGCUUUAAAAUUUUAUGUAGUUUCUGUACUUAGAUAGAAAACCAACUAUUAUUAAUGCAUUGGCCACAGUCUAGCAGACUUUCUCCCCCAUGCUUUUCAACAUCUACAUGCAGCUGCUGGGAGAGAUCAUCAUGGGGUUUGGGCUGGGUGUUCAUCAGUAUGCGGAUGAUACCCAGCUCUACCUCUCUUUCAAAUCGGAACCAGUGAAGGCGGUGAAGGUCCUGUGUGAGUGUCUGGAGGCGGUUGGAGGAUGGAUGGCGGCUAACAGAUUGAGGUUGAAUCCUGACAAGACAGAAGUACUGUUUUGGGGGGACAGGAGACGGGCGGAUGCGGAGGACUCCCUGGUCCUGAAUGGGGUAACUGUGCUCCUGAAGGACCAGGUGCGCAGCCUGGGAGUCAUUUUGGACUCACAGCUGUCCAUGGAGGCGCAGGUUAAUUCUGUGUCCAGGGCGGCUGUCUACCAGCUCCACCUGGUACGCAGGCUGAGACCCUACCUGCCUGCGGACUGUCUUGCCAGAGUGGUGCAUGCUCUAGUUAUCUCCCGCUUGGACUACUGCAAUGCGCUCUAUGUGGGGCCCUAUGUGACCCGGAAACUGCAAUUAAUCCAGAAUGUGGCAGCUAGACUGGUGACUGGGAGUGGCCGCCGGGACCACAUAACACCGGUCCUGAGAGAUCUGCAUUGGCUCCCAGUACAUUUCCGAGCACAAUUCAAAGUGUUGGUGCUGACCUUUAAAGCCCUAAACGGCCUCGGUCCUGUAUACCUGAAAGAGCGUCUCCACCCCCACACUGAGAUCCAGCGCCAAGGGCCUUCUGGCGGUUCCCUCAUUGCGAGAAGUGAGGUUACAGGAAACCAGACAGAGGGCCUUCUCGGUAGUGGCGCCCGCCCUGUGGAAUGCCCUCCCUUCAGAUGUGAAGGAAAUGAGCAGCUAUCUUCUCUUUAAAAGACAUCUGAAGGCAGCCCUGUUUAGGGAAGUUUUUAAUAUUUAAUGCUGUAUUGUUUUUAACACUUGAUUGGAAGCUGCCCAGAGUGGCUGGGGAAACUCAGCCAGAUGGGCGGGGUAUAAAUAAAUUAUUAUUAUUAUUAUUAUUAUUACAUGCAAAGACUUGCACAUGCACAGCAGGUCUAACUUUUCCCAAUAGCAACCUUUCCCAAGACACAUUACAUGCUGCUCUCAACAGGGGAGAGUCCAGUUGUGCCUGGGUCCAGCUUGGGAGCUUCUCGCAGACUUCUAGUUGGCCACUGUGGAAACAGGAGGUUGCACUAGAUGGACCACUGGCCUGAUCCGGCAGUCCCUUCUUAUGUUCUUAACUCUUCCCUCUUUGUAAUUCCUAUGUUUAAAAAUAAAGGGGGGGAGGCUAUUGCUUGUAGAAGCAAGGCACAUGCCAUGCUUUAUGCCUGGUUCUGGUCAUAUUGCUUCUAGGCUGGUCAGUUCUCCCUUACUGUACGCCAGUGUUCUGAUAAUUAUACCCAGAAAAUAUUUUGACAGGUUUCAUACAUUCAUGUGCUUUAUGAAUGUUGGUUUGCUUCAUUGGUUAAGAACAUGAGCUCUUAGCUAGACGUCUGUAGUACUAAUGUCAUCUUAGUCCUGCUGCUGUUUCUCAAGGUGUAUGGAGACUUGUAUAACAUUGACAGUAAGUGCACUGUGGAAGCAAGCAGACCACAAUAAGCACACAUACAACCUUCUUCCCUGGGUCAAGAGAAACCUGUUCUGCCUCUAGCAGAAACUAGAUUUGCACAGCAUCAAUUGGCCAGCUCUGCUGUUAUUCACAAAUUCACAUUCCCCCCUCCCUUCUCGGAGCAGGGAUUUGAGGGCCGUUGUGUUAGUCGCAAUGAAGCUGUUUAAAAAGCUUUUUUUAGGUAAAAAACAUAAAAUACUGAACAAAAAUUAAAACAGAUAAACAUAGAAGGUAUUUGAAAACAAAGCGGACAGUUUUUCUGAAGCAUGGGGUUUUUACUUUUUACUUUGUUGUACCACCGUGAACGGUGGUUUUUAUUGAUGUAUUUUUAUUUUGUUCCGUUUUAUUUUGGUUUGGGGUUGGAUAUUGAGUGGGGUGGGGAUUGGUUUUGUUUGGUAUAAUUGUUUUUGGUUUGGUUUGUUUUUCUAUUUUGUAAAUGGAGGUUGGUAUGAGGCUUGGGAUUGCUACCGUGGUGGGGGCAGAUGUUAUAGGCGAAGGGGAUCGAGAUAUGAAUAUGCUCGUACCCCUUUCAAUCUGCGCCCCAUCCCUAGGGACGAGGGUAGGGUGAGCAAGGAUUACUCACCUCCGUCACUGGUGUUGUGCAAUGCCAGGUCUAUAGGCAACAAAACCGCCACCCUGCGAGAUUUCUUCACCUCGCAGGGGGUUGACCUGGCUUGUGUGACGGAGACCUGGGUGCACGAAGGGGAAACUGUUACCUUACGAGAGAUGGCGCCCCCGGGUUUCUCCGUCCUCCACCAGUCGCGGACUGUGGGCCGGGGGGGAGGGGUGGCAUUAUUAAUCCGGGAAGAUUGUUCUUUCAGGGCUCUACCAUCGCCAUCGAUCCCCGGCAUUGAAUGUGUUGGCCUAGUGUGGGGCUCCGAGGUGAGCUUGGCUGUCUGGCUGGUGUACUGGCCACCUAGAGCACCAGCAGCCACCCUGUCAGGCCUGCUGGAGGUGGUGGCCGGCUGGGCCCUGGAGUCCCCUAACCUAUUGGUAUUGGGGGACUUCAACGUCCAUGCUGAUGCCACUCCCUCCUCACAGGCUCUGGACCUGGUGUCUUCCAUGGCAACACUAGGGCUCUCCCAGUUUGUUUCGGGUCCCACACAUCAAGCAGGCCACACGCUGGAUCUGAUCUUUGGUGUCGGUAUAGAUGUGAUCAUGUCUCCUUCGAUGAAGGUGCCAUGGUCUGAUCACUUCGCUCUGAAAGCCAGGAUUGAUUUUCCACCCCCACCCUGCAUAGGUGGCGAGCCAAUUUGGGCUCGCCCGCAGAGGCUGAUGGACCCUGAUAGAUUCCGUCAGGCCUUGCAGGACCUUGCUCCCCCUGGCGACUCAUUGACUGAGCUUGUUGAGGGCUGGAAUAUCCAGCUCCUAGCAGCCAUCGAUGAGAUUGCACCUAGGCGCCCUCUGCAACCCCGCAGAAACCGGGCUCCCUGGUUUACCGAGGAGCUUCGGAAAAUGAAGCGGGACCUCAGACAGCUAGAGCGAGUAUGGUGGGGUGCCCGUGACGGAGCCUCAAGAACAUCUUAUAGGGUUUUUAUGAAAACCUACGAGAUGGCAGUGAAGGCCGCUAAGAAGUCCAACUUCUCGGCCUCCAUUGCCUCCGCUAGCUCUCGCCCGGCGCAAUUAUUUAGUAUAAUUAGGUCUUUAACGUCCCUUGAAGGACAGCCAAAUGUAAAGAACAAUUUGACACACAGCUGUGAGGCAUUUGCGAGUUUUUUUGCGGAGAAGGUCCUGUUGCUCCGCCAUGACCUCCCUGCCAAUUUGGAUACAAUAAAGGAACUGGAGGCCCCUCGACUGUCCUCGGGUCCAGUAUUGGACCACUUUGACCGGAUAUCCCCAGCCGAUGUGGACAGACUCCUCCGAGCUGGAAAGCCCACCACCUGUCCUCUUGACCCGUGCCCGUCUUGGCUGAUUAAAGCGUGUCCAGACGAGGUGUGCCCCCCCCGGUGAUAUCAUCAAUUUGUCCCUUGGCACCGGGAUAUUCCCAGGGGAACUGAAGGAGGCAGUGGUGCGCCCGCUCUUAAAGAAAACAUCAUUAGAUCCCUUAGAUCUUUCCAAUUACCGCCCGGUUUCGAAUCUUCCAUUCCUGGGUAAGGUGAUUGAGAGAGCGGUUGCUGAACAGCUUGGUAGGUUUCUGGAUGAAACAUCGGCUCUGGAUCCAUUCCAGUCCAGCUUCCGCGCUGGUCAUGGGACUGAGACGGCUCUGGUCGCCCUAACAGAUGAUCUCCGCAGGCAGCUGGAUCGAGGUGGGUCGGGGCUGCUGAUUCUUCUAGACCUGUCAGCAGCCUUCGACAUGGUCAAUCACGAACUCCUGGACCACCGCCUUGCCGACGUGGGGAUCCAGGGCACAGUCCUUCAAUGGUUGCGCUCGUUUCUCUCUGGUCGGGGACAGAGGGUGGCGCUUGGGGGGGAAUUGUCAUCGCGCCACUCCUUGGUGUGUGGAGUGCCUCAGGGUGCGAUUCUUUCCCUGAUGCUUUUAACAUCUUUAUGCGCCUCGCCCAGCUUGUCCGGAGUUUUGGGCUGGGUUGCCAUCAGUAUGCCGAUGACACCCAACUCUAUCUGUUGAUGGAUGGCCAUCCUGACUCGGCCCCAGACACACUGACCAGAUGUCUGGAGGCUGUGGCUGGAUGGUUACGUGGGAGCCGGUUGAAGUUAAAUCCUUCGAAGACAGAGGUCCUCUGGCUGGGACGGGACGAUAUGGGAUUGAGGGGGCAACUCCCAUCUCUUGCGGGGGUGCAAUUAGUGCCAGCAUCGUCCGUUAAGAGUUUGGGUGUAAUCUUCAAUACCUCCCUCUCUCUAUGGAGGCGCAGAUUACAGCUAUAACAAAGGCGGCAUUUUUUCAUCUCCGCCAAGCUAAGCAGUUGGCUCCUUAUCUCUCUCGCCCUGACCUAGCCACUGUGAUCCACGCGACGGUCACCUCCAGACUGGAUUAUUGUAACUCGCUCUACGUGGGGCUGCCCUUGAGACUGAUCCAGAAACUCCAGCGGGUGCAGAAUGCCGCGGCGAGACUCCUUAUGGGGUCUUCGCUGCGUGAUCACAUUCAUCCGGUACUAUACCAACUGCACUGGCUCCCGGUGGAGUACAGGAUCAGGUUUAAGGUGCUGGUUUUAACCUUUAAAGCCCUAUACGGCCUAGGCCCCUCGUACCUACGGGACUGCCUCUCCUGGUAUGUCCCACAGAGGAACUUACGGUCUGCAAAUAAAAACAUCUUGAAGAUCCCAGGCCACAGAGAGGUUAGGCUGGCCUCAACUAGAGCCAGGGCUUUCUUGGCCACAGCUCCAAUCUGGUGGAACGCUCUGUCACAAGAGACUAGGGCCCUGCAGGACCUGAUAUCUUUCCGCAAGGCCUGCAAGACAGAGCUGUUCCACCAGGCCUUUGGUCAGGGCGCAGCCUGACCCCCUCCUCUGGCAAUCUGCACAGAAUUUUGCUUAAUGGUUGCCACCAAUUUGAUUUUAAUUAAUUUUUAUAAUGAAAUGUUUUUAGAACGUUGGAUUAUUUUGAUUGUUGUUAGCCGCCCUGAGCCCAGCUUCGGCUGGGGAGAGCGGGAUAUAAAUAAAAUUUAUUAUUAUUAUUAUUAUUAUUAUUAGGGUGGGGAACAGUGUUGGAUCCAGAAGCUUUUAUAUGUGUUUUUACGGGGUGGAAGGUGCAGAGCUGGCAUUGCAGCAGAAAGCCCACACCCAUUCCUGUUUCAAGGCAUUUUUGCCUUGGACUUAGUCCCCAUCUGUAAAUAUUAUGGAGAUAACCUAAUAUCCUUAUUAGGUUGUAAGAAUCAGAGAUUACUGUAUGUGGAGCAUAGUGAGAAGAGUGUUAUUUAAAUAAUAAGUAUUAUCAGAUUUCUCCAGUUGGGAGUUGGGUGCUGUCAUAAAGUCAUAUCUGAAAGAAUAAUAGCAUUUUAGGGUGUUCAAGGUGCUUAGUGAACUUCUUGUAAUUUUACAAAAAAAACCUGUGAGGUGUUAUUGCAUAACACAGGUGGGGUGGGGGCCUGAGGCUGAGAGAAGAACUUGCCUAAACCCUUUGUAAGGGUAGCCAACAUCGUGCCCUCCAGAUGUUGUUGGACUCCCCUCCCCAUCAGUCUCAGCCAGUGUGGCCAGUGGUCAAGAAUUAUGGGAGUUGUAGUCUACCAACACCUGCCUGAAGGGGGCCAUGUUGGGUACUCCACCCUAGUGAGUUCAUGGCGAAAAAUAGGGAUUUUCUGAUUCGUAACCUAGUCUAUGAUGCACCAGCUCUGAAAUACACACAAUUCCUGUAGCUCAAGAUACCCUACAGGAUUUUAAAAGGUUUUAGGCCUUGUAACAGGCAGGCAGGGUGAGUUUUUCUUCCUCUUUUAAAGCAGGGUGGAGUAGGUAUGAGCCUUAGGUGCUAAGUAAUGGGCAGAGGAGAUAGAUGGCAGUUGACUAUGUGUCCUUUCAUGCUGCUGCUUGGGAUGUGUGUAUAAAGGGCAAGGCAUCUCUGUGGUUUGUUUGGUAUGUCUCUGGUGAAAUGAGAGGGUGGAGUUUCUGUAGAAGAUUUUGUGAGCAGAGAGUACUCUGCUUAUUAUGGGUAAGGAAAGCAGCAUCCUUUUCCUUCUCUCUGGAUUCCCUUUCUCAUCUUUCUAGGCUGUAUCAAAGAUCCUAUAGAAUGAAGCCCAAAUUUCAGAGAAAUGAGUUUUUUUGGAUAGAGAUGUUCCCAGGGUUUGCUUUGUUCUGUGGCGUUCCUCCCACGCUAUAUAUCGACUAGUGACUCAUCUUCCUUUACAGGAUCGGUUGCAACAGCAACUUGUUCGGGGAAAUAAAAACAAAAAACCACUUCAUUUUCUACUGAAAGAGACUUGUUUUAGCAUUCAGCUUUAUUUUGGAGCGUCUUCAAAAUUGCGGGAAAUUUGCCACCCACAGAACAGACAGGGUUGCCACUAAAAUUCAGCGUGUAUGUCAGCUUGGCCUCUGGUCUUCAAUUUCAGGGCUAAAGUUUCAGGACAGCUCAGGCACUUAAAAUUAUAUGUUGGCACCUCAGAAUCUUGACACUUUUUACUAGCUGUGUAUAGGCCUGUCUCUUCGGAAUGUGAACUAGAGUAAACAAGGACAGCAAGAAAUAGAAUGCAUUCUGGUUUGGAAAGAAAAAUGGAAAAAACAAACACCAAACCUGCUUCUACAUUUUAGCUGCUUCCUCUCUGUCCUACCCCCAGUUUUCUGCAAACUGAUGGAAUUAUUGCUGUCUGCCAGUUAAAGUUACAGAACUUUAAUGGAAAGAGUUCGAGCAUUAUUUCUCAUUUGAGGGUGGCCCUUGUGUUUUAAUUGGGUGGAGAUCAAGAGCUGGAGGCUCCAGCUGCUUAACCAGAGGCAAGAGAAAUUUAUGGAAAGGAUGGCAGCUAUUAUCAUGACUUGCUGGAAGUCCACUUCGGAGAGGGACUCCUCUCCCUGUGGCCAUCCUGUAAGGUAGACUAGAGCAAUAUGAUCUUCAUCCAUGUUGAAAUUUUCAAUUUUCCCCUGGCUAUAAAACAGGGGAAGCACCUGCAGCUUCCAUUCCAGUAAGCACCUGCAGCUUCUGAAGGUCCUGGAGCAGCAGAAGGUCCUCUGCAUCCACCUGGCAUCCACGGACAGUCCGCUGCAUAAGUCUGUUUAUAAUAAUAAUACAUUUUAUUUAUACCCCGCCCUCCCCAGCCAAGGCCAGGCUCAGGGCGGCUAACAACCAAUAAUAAAAACAAGUUGAAUGAUUACAACUUAAAAUCAAGAUUAAAAUACAACAUUAAAACAUCAAAACAUUAAAAUGCAGCCUCAUCACAGGAGGAGAAAGGCAAAAAGAAAGAGGGGGAGGGAAUCAAUUUGACUCCAAGCCAAAGGCCAGGCGGAACAACUCUGUCUUACAGGCCCUGCCGAAAGAAAUCAGAUCCUGCAGGGGGCCCUGGUCUCAUGAGGCAGAGCGUUCCACCAGGCUGGAGCCAGUGUUGAAAAAACCCUGGCUCUGGUUGAGGCUAAUCUAACUUCCUUAGGGCCUGGGACCUCUAAGGUGUUGCUAUUUAUGGACCUUAAGGUCCUCCAUGGGGCAUACCGGGAGAGUUUAAUGUAUUCCUGGGUCACUGUCCUUUCUCUGCAGGGAUGGGGAUCUUAUUCCUCUCCAGAUGCUGUGGACUCUAACUCCCACCAUCCCCAUCCCCUCUCUUGACAUUAGCCAUGCUAACUGGGUCUGAUAGGAGUUGGGAGUCUGACAGCACCUGGAAGGCCACAGGUUCCCCAUUCCUGCAGUUUUAUGUAUCCAUUUGUGGCUCAUAAAAUGUGAUGGGGGUCUGUGCAAAUUGUCCAAGCCCAUUUCUAAUCAGUGUAUGACAUAGCAUUCACUCUGCCAGUCUAUGCUCUGUUGGGACUCUUUGAACUGUGGGACUUGGCUCUCAGUAUCAGUGUAAUUCAGCGCUUUGUUUCUGUCUAAAACCCCUGGAAAGCCACCACUGUGGAACAAGGUAGAUUAUAUUAGAUUAGGUGGACUAUUGGUCUGAGUCUGUGUAAGGCAGUGUUUAUAUGCUCGUAUUGGUAACUCAAUACAGUUGUACCUCAGGUUAAGUACUUAAUUCGUUCUGGAGGUUUGUACUUAACCUGAAACUGUUCUUAACUUGAAGCACCACUUUAGCUAAUGGGGCCGCCUCCUGCUGCUGCGCCGCCGGAGCACAAUUUCUGUUCUCAUCCUGAAGCAAAGUGCUUAACCUGAAGCACUAUUUCUGGAUUAACAGAGUCUGUAACCUGAAGCGUAUGUAACCCGAGGUACCACUGUACUGUGGAAUUUGAGUCAUUGUCAUUCUAUUGUGUUUUAUUGUGGGUUGGGGGGGAAAACAUUUUGAUUAUCAAUAUUUUCCUAUUUCAGGUGUACUUAUUAAAAUGUCAAUGAGCAGGAUAUUAUCAGCAGGCUUGGGAACUGUCUGUCCUUGUAAGAAUGGAGAGAGGAAUUAUUUGUCUGAAAUAUAAAUGGUGCGAUAAAGAGAGAACAAAAGUCCAACCAGAUAAGACAGGGCAAAGACUGUUGUAGGUUUUUAAAAAAUCUACUUUGAUGUAUAAUUCCAACCUGGAGUUGCUUUAUGACAUACAGUGACAGAGAAUAGAAGCUGGACAAACCUGGCUUGGGAAUUCAGUAUCUCUGGAUGUUUUGGGUCAAUUUGAGAAUACUGGCCAGGUUAUCAGUUGAAAAUACGUACCUGAUAGUUGGGAAACCAUGUCUUUUGGAAUAAUACAAGCUGUGCCAUGUUCAUUUUGAGCUUGAAAUUUGUGUGUAUUGAUCAUUAUGGGAUAUGUAGCUUACCAGAGUUAACAUUUGUUAACCCUGGAGUAUUAGUUAUGGUCAGGGGAAAAAAAUCAUAAAUUAUUUGACCUGAGAAACAGCAACGGUGCUGUUCCUUGUUAAAAAUAAAUAAAUCCAUUAAUGAUUUCCAUGUACAGAAAGUUUUCUGCUUAUACAGUGGUUGAUAUCUGGAAGGCUUCCAGAGCUAAAUAAAAAUAUGGUAAAAGGUUAGUCCCUCAUUUCAGUAGCAAAAAACAGAAAAAGUUUUCAAGAAGUGAGAAAUAGACACACACACACACUACGUUACUGAUCUUUCUCUGUUUUGUAUGCAGAUUUAUAUAUUUCUGUGUUGUUCAUGUUCAGUGAGAAAGGACCAAUUGCAGGGGUGGGGAACCUCCAGCCCAUGGGCCAGUGUUGGUUUGCCAGGUGGUCCAAUUUGGCCUGUGAGGCCAUUUCCCCAAACUUCAACUGGCUGAUGUUAUCUGAUGGGUGGGGAAGGGAGAUUUCAUGUUGCCUGGUGUUUCUUUGCCAGCCGCAUUAAAUGUGCAGACCUCACUUCCUCCCUGCAAAUCAACUAAGAUAUGGACAGGACUGCUCACCUAUCAGUCACCUGAUGUCAUGAUGACAUCAGAUGAUUAGCAGGUGGAUGACUGUGCCCAUCUGUCUAAGUUGACCUGCAGGGUAAGGGAAGAGAAAAUCUGGCCUGCUGGGCCAAAAAUAUGCCCUACUCUUGCCCUGUUGCAAGAAGGCAGCAUUGUUUUUAUGGCAUCUGUCAACUGGGUGAGGUGAUCCAUUUGCCUGGAUUGCUGUCUGGAGAAUACAGUGGUCCCCGACAAUACAAAAGCUGGUCAUCCUUGGUUCUGAACUUAUGGUCUUGUCUCAUAAAGAUAAUUUAAGAUUUAAUCCAUCAAGUAAUGUGUUUUGAGAAGUUCCACUUUCUCUGAUUGUGGUUUUUGGUGUCCUGGUUUUAUAACCACAUAGGAUAGUAAGUGAUAGAAAAAGUAGCUGAAAUGAUUAAUACCAUAGGUGUUGUGUUGGCUGAGUUUUUAGAAGUGAGAUGUUUGACUAAAGUGGCUGUCUCUCGGGGAUAAGAUCAAAGGAGGGAACUAUCCAAAGAAAUUGGAUGGCUUCACACAAGGAAGAGCUCGUGUUUUUGAGCUUUCCAUACUUGUUUUCUUUGACUUGCAUAUGAACUCAAAUUUAACACUUUUUGAGAGACUGUAAACCCGUUGACUUAAUACAUGAUUAUAAGAGUUCAUGACUUCAGUUGUUUAUUUGCAGUGUUGUUCAAACCAGUAGCAUACUGCCUGUUUCAGCAAACACUGAAACUUGUUGAUAUCACAAAUGAGCACAGGUAGGAGAGGGGCUAGAUGCAAAUGCUUUGCAUGCGGAUGGUCCCAGAUGGUUCCAGGUUCAACCCCCAUAAAUUCCAGUUUAAAAUACAUCAGGUAGCAGGUGCUGGGAAAGACUCCAUGCCUGAGGUCCCGGAGAGCCUGGUGUCCAUCAGAAUAGUCGAAAACCCCUCUGACCUGGUAUAAGCAGUUACUUACGUUCUUAUCUACAAAACAUUCAAAUUUAACCAAUGCUUAAACUCAUCAUGUAGUGUACAUUCCUUGACCUUCUUUGAACAAGUUCUGAAUCUAGAACUAAAACAACAACAAAAGAAACCACUGCUGUCAUUCUUUGCUCUUAGAUAGGCUUUCAUUAGUAUUUGUCUGAAUUUACUGUGAUGUUGCUGCUGUUUUUAAAGCCAAUUUACACUCUGCUUUUCUUUGAAUUUUAGUGCAGCUUUGGUGUUACCUGCUUGAUAUCAGUUGUCAAGCUGUCGUAGGGAAUUCUCAAGCUCCUUGUUAGCUUAGGAGAGGGGUGGGAAACCUGUGGCCUUCCAAAUGUUGUUGGACACUAACAGUAAUAUCGGCCCCAGCCAGCAUUGGCUCCAGCCAGCAUAGCCUAUGGUCCGGGAUGUUGGAAGUUGUAUUCCAGCAACAUCUGGAGCGCCACAGGUUCUCCAAACCUGGCUUAGAAGUCUCAUAAGAUAGGAGAUGUGGGGACCAUUACUCUAAUCCAGUGAGGGUGAUGAACAUCCAGGAGUGCAGUUUUUAUCCUUGGCUUCAUUCUCUUUUGCCAGAUUGCUAUAUCCAUCACCUGAGGCUGGGUGUUCAGUGCCCGUUGUUGGGUUGCAAUUCUGUAUACAGUGGCUAUCAGGAUUCCUUUGUGACUAUGUAAGCCACUGCACUGAAGAUGAAAGCAUGGAUGGAUACCUUGCUUUUAAGCAAGUGCCCUGAAGGUAAAAGGGCUGAUGGGCGCAGCCCACUAACCUUCCACAAUUUUGAGCUAAUAUGUUGGAAGCCCUCGGCCUUGUGAGGUUUAGAGCAGCUGGCUCCCUUUGUCUCCCCUGUCUUCAUCCCUAGGGUAAGUGUGACUGGUGCCAGUGCCCUUCUUCCCCAGCCAAAACUGUCAAUGUUGUCAGACGCUACCAUUGUUCUGGUGCAUGCACACCUUAAUCUGUUGCUGCACUUGAGGAUCUUUUGAUCAGGGUUUUUGUGUUCCAGUGAUAUCCCACAGAAAUGAGAGAAUGCACUAUUUAGAUGAAUGAAUGCAUAGUACCCUUCAUAAGCCUCUAAUGGUAAGUGUAAUACAGAAACCCUAAUUAAAUAAAUGCCUAAUCUUUAUUUCUUUGUUCUAGAGCUUGCCCACCUUGAAUAACAACACUAGCUCAGAUUGGAAGCUGCCAAGCGACUCACUGCGUCUCUUCUCCAAAAAAUUUCAAAUGGACAUAGGUAAGAAGCUUGUUGUUUAUGUUUGUUCUUUUUUUAUUACAGUAGACUCAUACAGUAUUGUUGUAGUUUCUAAAACACUUCUAGGUCCGUCCCCCCCCCCCCAUUUCUUCUUUCUUUAACGUUGCAGCCUCAAUUUUUUUGUUCUGCUUUGGGCUUUUUCAUAUAACUCUAAAAGAAUUGUGUAAACUGCACCCAUGUAAUCUUCCUUAAUCUAGGCAGAGGAAUACGAAGGAAUGCUUGUGUGAUUUGGCUGUAGCCUUUUUGGUAUUGAUGGAUCGAAGUGAUAUUUAGGGCAUGUGUUCUUUGGCUUCAAACUGGUAUAAGAAAAUGAAUGUCAUAUAAACAGAUAGGUUGUAUUUUUUUGAAUAACAUGUUUGUGUUUUAUUCGUCUAUGUGCCUUUCCAUUGAUUGUCUCUGAGGCAGCUCACAUAAGGACAAUUUAUAAGCAUCAAAUGCUCUCUGUCUUAUAUCCCUUUGAGACUGUUUACUAGUUAGCUCUCAUGGUUUGUGUUCAGUAUUUAUUUUUCAAUUUUACAUAAGCAACUCAUGGAUCUGGGAAUUAAAAUAAAGCACUUCCCAUUGCCCCUUAGCAGUCAGCUGUAAGGCCCAAGGAUUUGUAAGCUUUCUGUCACAAUUUUAUUCCACCCUUCUUUCAAGGAACUCUCAAGAAUAUGGGAUUAUUUGGUUGUUUUCAGGUUAAGUGGAAACAUAUAGGAUUCAUUACUGAGUGAGAAUUGAAUUUGGGAUUCCUAUUUUCAACCCAUUGCUUUUAUCAAUGUGACAUCAGUUGAGGCUGUGACAUACAAGUCUCUUGUGCCUAGAAACCAGGCAAGCCUCCCUGGAGGGAAAAUCCACAACUGUGACACCACAGCCCCCGAAAAGCCCUCUCUUGGCUCAGUUCCCGCCUCAUCUCAUCUGAUAGGGGUUUCUGGGAGAGGGCCUCAGAUAGGUUGAUGUGGAUGAAAACAGUCCCUUGGAUCCCAAACUGUGUAGGGCUUUAAAGGCUGGCACAAACACUUUGAAGGGUGCUCAGAAAUGGGUUGGAUGCCAGUGAAGCUUUAUUUUGGUUAUAUAACUUCCCAAUGAUUAAAGUCUAUUGGGUGCAUUCUGAACUACCGUAUUUUUCCGUGUAUAAGACUAGGUUUCCCCCCUAAAAAAUAAUGUCAAAAAUUAGGGGGUGUCUUAUACACAGAUACAUCUCCCCUCAUUUUCUUAAAUCUGAGUCCCCCAAAAUAGGGGGUGUCUUAUACAUUGGGGCAUCUUAUAGACGGAAAAAUAUGGUAACUUAAGCUUUUGAGCAGCCUUCAAGGGUAGGCAUACAUACAAUGCAUUGCAGCCGUCUGUUCUGUUAAUUUGUUAAUUAUUGGUGAAUAAUAAUAAUAAUAAUAAUUUAUUAUUUAUACCCCGCCCAUCUGGCUGAGUUUCCCCAGCCACUCUGGGCGGCUCCCAAUCAACAGUACAGCGUUACAUAUUAAAAACUUCCCUGAACAGGGCUGCCUUCAGAUGUCUUCUGAAUGUCAGGUAAUUGUUUAUCUCUUUGACAUCUGAUGGGAGGGCGUUCCACAGGGCGGGCGCCACUACCGAGAAGGCCCUCUGUCUGGUGCCCUGUAGCCUCACUUCUCACAAUGAGGGAACCGCCAGAAGGCCCUCGGCACUGGAUCUCAGUGUCCGGGCUGAACGAUGGGGGUGGAGACGCUCCUUCAGGAUAUGAACAACUGUGUCCAGCCAUCUCUGUGGAGGAGGGAUGACAGCUGGCAUAUCAGGCUGAACUGGUGAAAUGGUGCUUUGUGCCAUUGAUGCCAUUUGUGUUUCUGGCAGCAAAACUAGAUUAAGGAGUAACUUCCAACUGAGGAGCUGAUGCUUUUGGUUUGGGGGUUACAGUUCCAUUCAGAACAGUUUGAACACCAUCUUCCUUAUAGAACUCAUAAUUACAAAUUUCACUGGGCAGUUUGCACCACUGUCUUAGUUGUCCUAUUAAUAAUGGUGUAGGUCUGUUGGCUGUCACAAAAAAGCAGCACCCUCAAGUUAUUCCAUGUGCAGAAUCUUCACAUUCUAGACAUUUUAUUGGUAUGUUUCUGCACCUUAUCUGUCUGCAUAUUGGCUAGUAUUGCUCCUUUCCUGGCACUCAUUCAUCCUGGGACUAUAAAUGCACAAACCUUUUUUAUCUGUUAAGAACUAAAAAUAGCAUACUUGUAGUUUGGACUGUAAUUAUGCUGUAAUUUUUCAAUUGCUCGCCUGGGAUAAGAUUUAUUUUUAUAGUAUAUAAUCUGUCUUCCUUUAAUUAAAAAAAAAAGUUCACAAUGUUGCACUCAUUUCACUGCUGGUAGUAGAAUACAAUCGCUGAAUAGGCCUUGAACCCAAAUCAUUUUUUUGCUGUGUGUAACAUAGCCUUGGACAAAGCCCUUCAUGUGUCUCUUUGGACCGCCCCCCGCCCCAUGCUUAUGUGUCAGUCUUAGGAGUUUCUAGUUAUAUAACAGUAAUUCUCAGUGUUUGGAUUGUUUGUCAAUGAGUCCUUGGAUGCUAACAAAUACUAGCAAACUUUUCACUUGUCUUUCCCACAACUGCAAAAGCUUAUUUUAGUACCUGCAAUCUUUCCUUCCCCAAAGUUACACAUGGGUACAGUGGUACCUCGGGUUAAGAAGUUAAUCCAUUCCAGAGGUCUGUUCUUAACCCGAAACUGUUCUUAACCUGAAGCACCACUUUAGCUAAUGGGGCCUCCUGCUGCCUCUGCACGAUUUUGGUUCUCAUCCUGAAGCAAAGUUCUUAACCUGAGGUAAUAUUUCUAGGUUAGCCGAAUCUAACCUGAAGCGUCUGUAACCUGAAGCGUAUGCAACCCGAGGUACCACUGUAAUGGAUUUCAAUUGCUUUUAAAGGGGCAGGCAAAUUUUCUCCAGAUUGUGUUAUCAGAAGAGGCAAUGAAGGGCACACAGGUUGCAAAUAAUGGCUUUUGGAUUUGAAUGUCACCCACCCCUUUUAGGUACAGGUUUUAUAGCUGAUAAUAUAGAAAGAAAUAUUAUUACGUAAACAAACUUUAACAUUACUUUUCAAAGAGGAAAGUGAAAAAGCAUACUAAUAGAAGCUGGCAGAGCGAUCCCAUGCAAACCUGAAUAAAAAAAUUGUGCUGGGAUUGCAUGCUGCUUUACAAAAGACACAGUGCACAGAAGUCAUAAACUUGCAUGUGUAAUUUUGGGGGGGAUGUGUGUGUGAAUACUAUACUAGAAUUUACGUUUCACGCAAGGCAAGUUUGUCAAAUUCCCACGCAGAUUCUGCUGCAAAAUCAAUUUCUCUUCAAAUAUCCCGUUCAUCAUCCUCUGCUCCCCCCCCCCACUGAAUUAAAAAUGAACAGGGUUCACAUCACAGUACCCUUCAGAUGGGGAGAGGGCGGGGGAUCCUUGCUAUGAGAUGAGAUGGCCAGCAGGUGGUGUGUCUAUUUGUUUUUACUUGCUUAAACCAAUAAGCAUUUGGCAGCCUUAGGGUUGACGCCAUGGUUCACUGCAUGUAAGAGUCCUCCUGGACUUGCAUUGCUGCCCCUUAGCUGCUGGUAUCCAGUAGCAUGCUGCCUGCAAGUCCAUGCAGGCAUCAGGCAUCAUUAGUAGCCCUCUUCCAUGAAUUUUGCUCUUUUAAAGAUAUCUGCAUUAGUGGCUAUCACUCCAUGCAUUAUGGACUGUGUUGUUUCUUGUGUGAUUAUCAAUAGUCUAUUUGCAUGAAAAGCCAACUAUAUGGCCCCUUAAGAUUUUCUGGGCAUUCUUUCAGAUUUCUGUGCACCACUAUAAGAUCUUAUUUGCAGUCUACAUUGAGAUGAAAAUAUGUUUGAAGAAAUAUGAGGCUAAGGCCCAAACUACAUGUUACAUAUAGUUGUGUGUAAGUUAAAAAUAAUAACUAAUAGCAGUAAUGGAAAACAGCUGAAGGGGAAAGAGUGGAGAAUGCAGCCGAAGCAGAAAGAGUUAACUUAGUUAAGUACACCCUCAUACUUGCUGGUACUCUGCUCAACACUGCAGCCUCCAGCAGCCACUUUUGGUUAAAAAAACAAAUAACAAGGGGGGGAGGAACUGUGUUCAUUUUAAACGCCACCACCACACUUUCCAAUAAACCUUUGCAGUAGCAGAUAGGAUAAUUGAGCAGUUUAGACCCCAGUGUGUUGCAUAUACCGAACAAGCAUAGUGCCAAGAAAAUACAUGCAGAGCCAAAUAGCUUAAGCUGACUUGUUCAAUGAGCCAAACCACAUGCUACAGGGGAAAGCAAAAAGAAAAGCAAAAUCCCUUCAAGGUCCCUAACCUAUCUGACCUUGGGGAAAGUAAGUCUUUCUUGAUUGGAUAUGGCAGUCAUUCAGACCCCAGAGGAAGGAAGGAAAAACAUUUAAAACUCACGCAAAGGGGAAACUCCAGUGUUCCACAACUAAGGCCAUAUCCUGUAAGGCUAUUGAUCAGAAGUAAUCAGCCGUGUAUGAUCAUGGCCAGAUGAGCCGAAAGAAUAUGCAGAUAUACACUUGACAAUCUAUUGGAGCCUGGUGGUGGUGGUUGUUACUUUUAUGCUUUUGAGUUUCUCAGGAUUUGAACAGGAAUCUCUAGUACUGUAAUGCCGUUUACAGCUUGGGAACUUUGGAGAUGAUUAGUAACAGUUUUAGUAGUAAAGAUGUAGCCCAUUGAGUCUCUUAGCUUGAUACUAUUUGCAUUACUGAAGCUAAAGACGAGGAGAUGAAUAAGUAAACUAACUUCUCAUGUUGGUAAGUGAUUAAGCAUAAAAAGGAAAACAAAUUAUAUUGCAAAAUGAACUUGUUCAAACUGGUUUUAGCGUGGCAUGCAAUUUUCAGUGAGUGACUAAUGCAUUUUGUAAGGAUUUGUUCAAUCUUUUGCAAAACGUUGACAGCUUAUAUGAAGCUAAAUAGAUGUUUGUAGAGGGCCUGGGGUACAUCUAUACUGGAUCAGGCACACAGGAGGGUUGGUGGGUUCUAGCCAUUGUCUUGUGAGAGCUACAAUCCAGUGCACACUUACCUGAAAGUAAACCCCACUGAACUCUGUGGAAUUUAAUUCUGAGUAAGCACAGUUGGGAUCUGCACACUUCUUGAAGGGUGGGUUGGCAAAAGCAUAUAGAAACUCGUUAUGGUGAAUGAAGUCACAUGCUUUUCAGGCAUUAGGGCUGAAAGGACUUCCUUACUAUGUUUGGAAGUUAUGUAUGUGUGUAUAAUAUAGUUUUUCAGAACUUUUUCAGAAUUCUGGUCAACUUACCACUGAUAAACUGCAAAAUAUGCAGGUGCUUUGGGUGCAUUUAUUCAUGAAGAGUGGCAGCCCUCUUUUUACUGAGUGGAGGAAUAAAACUCCUGGGAUUCUUUUCUCCUUGGAAGGCAUUGAGUAUAAUAUAAUCAGUUUAACUUCCUCAGAGUUAUCGGUACUGCUAGAAAAGGAGCUUGCAAUUGGAAGCGGGUGCAUUCUGGCUGUGCCUGUGAGUCAUGUGACUGCAGGGUCUAAAUUGUCAGUUCACUAGUUGGAUCAACCAGUCACUCGCUGAAGGCACAGACCCUGGGAGCUAGGAUCUCCUCUAGCCUAGGUGCUGUGAGCAAACAAGUACUACAGGUAAAUAUUCUGUAUCAUUUUUGCCUUGCUGAUUUAAUAUUUAGAUUAGUUUCCUGCCUUUCUAAAUGCUUUAAAGUUUAGCAAAAACUCAGCUGACUUUUCUUGUUAGUGUGCUCAGGUUUUUGGUCUCUGGCAAAAAGCAGUAAUCCUUAUAAGACAUUUUUAAAAGUAAAGCACCACUAAUCAUUUGUAAUUUAAUAGCUUUAGCAAUUAAUUUUACCCUUUCUCUCCAUAUGGAUGUUAAUUAACUUGUCUUUUUGAAAAUCCUUGAUAUAAUAAUUAGGUAUAAACACUUCUCUUUUUUUAAAAAAAGGGGAAAAAACCUCUGCUUCUUUUGAUCAGGCAGGACAACUUGUUUCUGUAAAAUGAACUGUAGGAUGAUAAAUCUCUUGUCAGCAAAGAUGUGCAGUAUCCUGAGAGCUGUGAUAAAGCACAAAGUUUUUAACACUUUAGUUAGCUUGUUAUGGUCUUUUCUGAGUUGAUUUUCUAGGGGAAAGUAAACCUUUUGUGUAGUUAAAUUAAGAAGUCAGCUCUUUACUACCAAUUUGAAGUAAUUUUUAAGGCUUUUCGAAGCAAGAAAAUGUUACUUGCAUGUCAUGCCAGAUCCAGUUUAUGUGAGCCCAGUAUGAGGGGGAAUGCUGAAAGUGAGCUGACGCUCUUCUAAGAAAUUCCCAACAGAUGUGAAGCACUUGCCUUUAUAAGUAGGUCAGAAAUCUUAUGCAUGUGUUUUGGGAGAGUGGCUGGAUUUUGCAGGUUCUGAGCCAACAGUAUACAGAAUUACACGUGUCUUCAGCUGUGAGUGUUCUGCUGGCUUCAGUGAGGAUUCCCCCCCUUUCCCCAAAUAUUGUCCAUUAGAGGGCAAGGCUUUUGGAUGCACUGUUUCCCCAAAUAUUGUCCAUUAGAGGGCAAGGCUUUUGGACGCACUGUUUUAACACUUCUAAAAGAGUGUUUCUCACACACUUAAUUCAAUAGAACUUACUAAUGGGAAUCUUGUAUAUUAGAAUAGGCAAAUCAGAUUUUAUUAUGACAAUUUCAGUAUUUAUGCAUUGUUAAAACUGAUCUGUGCAUAAUAAUUUAAAGCUUGUAAUGAUGGCUUUUUUGCAGGAAGUUUGGAGCUAUGUGCAUAGUCUAAACAUAAAGCUGUAGAUGAUACAUGUGAAUGAUAAAAUGUUUUGAAUAAAGAAAGUAAUUCCACUGCAGAGCUUGGAUAACUCAGUUGGUUGAGAUUAAGACUCUUAAUCUCAGGGUUGUAGGUUUGAGCCCCACAUUGGGCAAAAUAUUCCUGCAUUUCAGGGGGUUGGACUAGAUGGCCCUCCUGGUCCCUUCCAACUCAAUGACAACAUACAUCGAUGACUGUCCCUGUAGUAUUCUAUAUUGCACUUUAGAGGUUGCCUUUAAGUCUGAAAUAGUAUCGAGCACAACUAUCAAAGCUUUAUGUUCAUAGGCAUAAUUACGGUAAAGUUUGCUGCUGGACAAGAGGAGAGCUGGAGGUUUGGUUUAGAUGGACACCAGUUGGAUUUGUUAUACAGUUCCUAGAUUUCCAGUGCACUUUAUAAACAGUAAUAUUUUUUAUUAAUGCUGCUGUACACAAUGCUAUUCACAAAUCCGGCUUUGUAUAGAACUAAUUCCUCUCCUAGAGGACUUGCAAUCUAAAGGCCUUUUCACACAUGAUGACUUUUCUGUGCAUAUACAGUGGUACCUCAGGUUACAUACGCUUCAGGUUACAUACGCUUCAGGUUACGGACUCCGCUAACCCAGAAAUAGUGCUUCAGGUUAAGAACUUUGCUUCAGGAUGAGAACAGAAAUUGUGCUAUGGCGGUGCGGCAGCAGCAGGAGGCCCCAUUAGCUAAAGUGGUGCUUCAGGUUAAGAACAGUUUCAGGUUAAGUACGGACCUCCGGAACGAAUUAAGUUCUUAACCCGAGGUACCACUGUAUCAUGUUAGCAUUGUGGGAUGGGAACAUGUAUGUGUGACAAAUACAUGUAUACCUGUUUUGCUCUAAAAGUGUGUGUGGGGGGGGGAAACAGUUUUUGAUUGAAUUUUCCAAGGAUUGCUGAGAGAGUUAAUCAGCAGCAGACAGCUUAGAGGGUGAGGUGCUGUCAUGAUUCAGGAAAAAAUUGCAGAAGUGAUAUGUGUGUGCGUGUGGAGUGGUAUGGAUGAUGUGAUUGCACUGAUGGCUUGGAUAGAACAGAAGAGACUGUUCCAGGUGCAGCAAGAAUAACAAUAGAAGAUACAAAGGUGAAAAUGAGUAGGCAACUCAGGUGGCUAUUGGGUAAGGGGCUGAGAGCCUUGAAUGUUAGAUACAGUGGUACCUCUGGUUACGUACUUAAUUCGUUCUGGAGGUCCAUUCUUAACCUGAAACUGUUCUUAACCUGAAGCACCACUUUAGCUAAUGGGGCCUCCCACUGCUGCCACACUGCCGCAGCAUGAUUUCUCUUCUCAUCCUGAAGCAAAGUUCUUAACCCGAGGUACUAUUUCUGGGUUAGCGGAGUCUGUAACCUGAAGCGUAUGUAACCCGUGGUACCACUGUACAACACACAAAAACAAACACACAACAACCUUUCAACCUGAAGCAGAUGCAGAAAGUAAAGGGUGUCAUUCAACAAAUAAGGGAUACCAUGAAAGCAGUAAGAGACAAAAAUAGAAUUAUCCUUCCCCUCCCUUGGAUAGUAGGCCAGGUUGUUAACAAAUCCUUUCUAAUGGCUCAAAUCCUCUUGGAGAUCCCACUACUCAGGGAAAGGAACCCUAUCUCCAUGCCUUGCAGGACACUGUGCUUACCCAGCCAAGAUUUACAUGUGUAGCUGACUUGCCUAAGUCAUACACUUUAAGCGCUUGUCUGGAGACAGACAAGAGUUGAAAAUCGUUUGAUGAUGGCUUUGUUUUCCAUAAUGUACAGUACACUACUUUUUUGUCGCACUGCCAUGGCUUAGACAGACAGGGUUUACAGUAUAUGCUUUGAAAUCAUGCAAAACCCUGACUAUCAGGGUAGAGUUGAUUGGAGCAGCCUGCCUUUAAAUCCUAUCUGAAGAGUUUGGAGAUGUGACACUUUUUAAGAUGAAAAGGGAUGCCAUGAGUUAGCUGAAACAUUCCACUUUCCAUAGUGUGCCUCCCUAUAGCCCAUCAUCUCUCAAAGUCAGUUUCCUUCCCAGCUGCGCUGUGAUACUGGAAUGGAGCCUUGCUGGGAGAAAAGUUCCUUGAAGGGAUGAGCUGGGUAAACUAAGUUAUGGGACCAUGGAACAGUUCAACUACUCUUACAUAAAUAUUCAUUUUCCUCUUAAAGUUGGACCUCCACUACAAUAGAGUGGAGUGUGUGUUUGUGUGUGUAUGUGCAUGCACGCACGCGCGCACGCACACACACACACAUGGGGCUACUGCCUCUGCUCACGAAGCCCACCAAUGAACCAACCACUCUUUCCCCACACCUGACCAAAUCCCCCUCCCUUUAUACCUCAUCCACCCCCUCAGUUAUUCCCUCAUAGCUCACCCAAACCUUGAGAGCCAGUGUGGUGUAGUGGUUAAGAGCGGUAGUCUCGUAAUCUGGGGAACCGGGUUCGCGUCUCCGCUCCUCCACAUGCAGCUGCUGGGUGACCUUGGGCCAGUCACACUUCUUUGAAGUCUCUCAGCCCCACUCACCUCACAGAGUGUUUGUUGUGGGGGAGGAAGGGAAAGGAGAAUGUUAGCCGCUUUGAGACUUCUUAAAGGGAGUGAAAGGCGGGAUAUCAAAUCCAAACUCCUCUUCUUCUUCUUCCCCUCCCCUCAUAGCUCACCCAAACCCGCUCCCCUCACAGCUUGUCUUGGAGUCACUUCAGAGAGUGAUUUGGCCUGUUGGUGGUCUUGUGAACUGCAGCAUGACUACAGUCUUGCAGUUUUAUUAAAUAGGUGUGUGUGUGUGUGUGUGUGUGUGUGUGUGUGUGAAGUCCUGAAUUUAACAAAUGGGUCUGCCACUGUCCAUUUGAGCCUUGGAGGCAAACACAGGAUACGGGUUCCACAGUGAGCAUUGAUCUCUCUUUCAAAUGGUUGAGUGCUCUCUGAAACACUCUCUAGUCUUACAUUUUCCACUGUUUAGUCAGUGGUCCCUGAUGAAAUGUUUCUGUGCCGUUUUCUGGCCCCUCCCCCUCAACCAUUUCCCGUCCUUCACUGCCUUUUCCCAUUCUGAGCAUGCAUGAAUUUGUUAAAAAAAUAAAUCACAGGAGAUGAACAAGAUUAGAUAUCACAAGCCUCUAAUAAUCAUGUUUCACAAUGGGCAAUAUGCAGGCUUGUGCUUUUGAGGGUGGGAGGAGCAGUUUCCAUUGGGAGCCUUUUUAACAAUAGAGGUCUUAUUCAAGACUAAUAUUCAGCUAUUCCAAAAUUCUGUUAGAGGUCUUAUGUAAAAGCUCUGUAUUUAUUUAUUAACGCACACAGUCCUGAGUUAGUUUCCAAGGUAGUUUCACCACAUAUGUUGAAAGAUCAUGCAAGAUGAGCUCCUGAAAUUCCAGCAUUCCUUCAGCAUGCAGCAAUAGGUGGAAAUGGUCAUGCUCAUAUCGUUUAGACUGACAGAAACGAAAUGACUAGGUUGUGGUCUGAUGAGAAGCAAAAAACAGUAAGGGUAUGAUGAUUGACACCACCCACCAAAACAUUUACUGUGCACAUGACAAACUGCUCACCCCAAAAAUGUGCUAACAAGCUUUCACACCAGUGGUGAUUGUUGGAGUAUAACAAGUUGUUUUUCCUUAAUGCAUUUUCCUUGAUAAGAGGAAAUCCAGAUUAAAUGUAGCAAAAGAAGUAUGAGCAGGCAUUUUGAUGGCAGCAGUGGCCUAUGGGAGGUACAGAAAGCUUGUGUGCAUGAGCAGUAUGCCUCUGUUUGGAAGGACCAGUUAUCAAAUUUCCCUAGCAGAUUUCCCAUCAGUUCUGUUAGAAACCCUUUCCCCGAGAAUUCCUGCAGAUACGGUGCUCUAUAAGUGAGACAGGUGAAUUUCACUUAUGCAUUCAGCUUCAAGGUUUGUCUCAAAAUAUGGAUAUAGCAAAAUGAACAAUAAAAGAUUUCAACAGUCGUGUCAAUAUUCAACCUGUGAGGAAUUAUAUUGGUGCUGUACUCUCCCAGAAACUGCUGCUUUGUUCACUAUAAUAUAUAAGAGACUAGCAGUAAACUUGACUAAAAUUAAUCACCAACAUCCAGCAGUUUGUUGAUUUCCCCAAAUACCCUUUUCAGCCUUGAUCUUCCAUUCCAGCGUAGCAAUAAAUUAUUUGACUAUUUUAUUUAGGAAUUCAAAUAAUCACAGCUUGUGUGUUGAGUGAAGAGGAGUGGGGGAAACCCUCAAUGCAAUGUCUGUCUGCAGGUCCACUGCAUGAACCAGCACGUUUAGAGACUCAUCUCACUUUCAUACUGUUGACUGAGAGACAGGCAAUGUGCAUGCAGUAAAUAUAACAGCCCUCAUAAACUGUGAAUCUGUAUUUAGAACUGUUGGAAUGAAUUGACGGUCUUGGCACUGCCAUGCUACAUGGUCUUGCUGUCAAUUUAUGGAGCCUUUUCCUCGUUUUACAGGCCUUGGCAUCCACUUUCUUGUUACUUUUAUUUAUAACAGAAGAUCUUUCAUGUUGUGCCUUGAGCAGGAGGGGGAUAAAAGCAUUGCAUCAUUACCUACUUUGGAAAUGGCUUUUAAAUAUGUUUUUAAUGACCUGGUUCUAUCUGUACCUGUUGGUUUUACUGGGAGUGCUUCCUUUCCCUUCUAACUUGUUUGCCUAGAGAUAAGCUAUAAUGUUUGAUGCAGCCAUUUGAAACCAAUCAAACUUAAAUAUUCUGCCGCUUUUCUGUCCCAAUUGCCUGUGAAGUUUUGCUCCCCAAAGGUUUUGUGUAUGCCUUCUGUGACACAGCUGUUCUUUUCCCUCCCAAUUGUGUAACAAGACCACAUUCUUCAUCUGGAUUGAUUUACCAACAACUUACAACUUCUUGGUUUCACUAGACAUGAAUUGAGACCAGUGGGAAUGACUUGCUUUUCAACUCUUUUUGUAUUGUGUGCUAAAAGGUAAAAAAUGUAUUAAGAUUUAACCAACCUUGUUAGCUCUACACCAUAGCAUCACUGCAGCCCAGGGAAGCUAUAGGAACAACAUGAACAUAAUAAACAUAAUAAACUCCUGAACCCUGGAUGUCAAAGAAGAUGGAAACUCUUUAAAUAUGAGGGGUAACUGGGAACCAAAGUCUCUGAAAUAAGGAAUCCAUUGAGAACCACCACAGUUUUUGCUGAGAAAAGGAAUUUUAUUUCAAAGAGAACUAGAACUAUUUUUCUUCAGAUGGAGUUAUCUUCCAGAGAAUUAGCAUGCCUGUUUCUCUUGUUGCAUGAAGGCUAGUGGGAAACGUUAUCUGAAAUAAUAACAUCUUAUAUAAGCAAUAAUAGGCUCUAAGAGUAGAAAAGUACAAGAUUCAAGGUUCAGUACCUAGCUCUGUAGUAUAAAUAAAAUCUCCUGCAGAUACAAAUAGUCUUAGUUUUGUAGGUCCACCCUCUUCCUUUCAGCUGUACCUAUUUAGCACCGAUCUUCUCCCAUCUUUGGCUAUGCAUCAUCUUCAGAAAAUCAUAUAGAAUGCCUCUAUGCAUCUUGAGUCUGUCCCAUGUACUAAAGAGGAGGGCUUUACUCCAGGGCAUAUAGUGGGGUUCGUAUAUAGGCUGCAGCCCUGUCACAUCUCUAUUUAGAAAUUAAACUCUGUCCACAUCUUUCACAGUGUUCUGAGAGUGUGGUUUUUAAAUAUUUUAAUUUUAAAGCUAAUACUUAAGGUUGUUGUCAUUCUGUAGCUAACUGUUGUACAGACCUCUGUACUUGUUCAGUUUCACCGCUACUGGCAUUCCUUGUUACAAAGAUCUCUGGGAAGGAUCUAAACCAGAGACUUUGAAUAAGUGCUUUUCAUCAAAAGAAAAAAUGCCAGAGUAGAUGGGGAAAUGGUCUGACUCAGAAGAAGCAGCAUCUUGUCCCUGUAGAAAGUUUUAGGUUGAAGAAGGAGGUUCAUGGUUGUGAGCACUAUAAUGGUUUUGAGUAGCAAUUGGAGAUGGUUGCCACCAUUUUCAGAACAAUCGAAAUGUGUGUGGUGGGGUAGAAUUGUGAAGGGUGUUGAGUGGAGCAUCUGUGCACAUGUAGUUAGAGGCAGCUGAAAAGGUUCAGGAAAACUGAGAAAACUUGACCACUGGGUUGCCAGAGGUGUGAUUAACAUGCUCUAUAUUAAUUUGAAAAUAUAUUUCUUACAAAGUAUGUUAAAAGUUUAUGUGCAUGGGGUAGUUCCAGAAUGCAAAGUAGUGGGUGCAAACAAAUUAUUUAAUGCAAAUCUCUUAUAUGCUAGUUGGCAGCUUACAAAAUAUCUAGGAAUCGGUUGCGCCUCUACUUAUAUUAUUGUCUGAAUAGAUUGCAUUGAUGACUAGUUCAGAGAAAAUAUUUUCACAUGAAUACAGCCUCACAAAUUGCUUCAAGAGUCUGUUCUGUGAUUGCAAAAUGUUAUUUCACAAGAACUAUAGCUGUCAUUGAGGCUAAGCAUAACUCUCUUAGGCUACAGCUUUGUGGGCAAUAAUAUACUAUAUAGCCAAGCUGAAGAAACUCGCCUAAGAGAAUUUUCCUAAGAGAAUUUAGUUAUUCAAAAGUGCUUAUGACCUUCUUGAUAUUAGCUUUUAAGUGUGAAUAUUCAUUGGGUCGCUCCUCCCUCCUUAUCCCUUACUUCCUUUGUCAAUUAUGUCGCAAUUGUUUAAUUAUUUGGUUUAAUAGGAUGGAUCAAAAUAGCAUUGGUAUUGGAUAAAUUGCCACACCUAUUUUUCUGUGUUCACACAGAGGCAAGCGUUCUGAAUUGUGUGUAUGGGUUUUUGUUUGUUUCUUAUACUGUAUAAGUUAACAUGCCUGGAAUAGUGGAUACUAGUUUUCAUAGGAACAUGUGAAUUUGCCAUAUAUCGAGCCUGACCGUUGGUCCAUCUUAGACCUGGGUGAUCUAUCGAAACAUUGUCCAAAACCUGUUUGUAGGCCAGAUCAUGAUAACGAUUUCAUGAUUUUUGAUCUGGAAAUGUAUCUCGAAUCACGGCUCACUCCACUGGCAGCUGCCAGCACCAUGCAUUUCAUUCCUGGGUGUUGCCUCAGUUUGCGCCCUGCAAGGUCACACGAUGCUUGCCCACAUACUGUGUGUGCACAACAGGAGCUGAGAACCCUGCUUUGUAGCUGCCUGGCUGUUGCAGGGCCAAUGGAGGGGGCAGAUUACAACUAGGGCUGGGUGAUGUAUCUCAGCUGCUUCUUCCUCUCCACCUUAUUUCCUCCUUUCUCCUUAUUUCACACCUUGUGAUAUAUCAGUAUAUCACGAUAUUUAGCUGGUGAUAUAUCAUGAUGAAAACCAGAUAUCGCCCAGCCCUAGCAUCUAGUUUGAUGUUGUCUAUACUGAAUAGCAGUGGUUAUCAAAUAUUUCAUCCCAUCCUUACCUGCAGAUGCUGGGACUUGAGCAUAUGCUCUGCCAACGAGCUACAGCCCUUCAUCUUAGUCUAAGCUUCCAUGAAAUUCUAAAGGAAGCCUUAGAGCUGAAUUAAGUAUAGGUACUACUUCUAGCCAUGCUACAGUCAUGCUGAAUGGGGUGAGAGGUUGACGAUGUGGACUAUGCUUUCUACUAUAUAUAGCUGAAUGGUAAUCCCAGCUGUAGCUGGUAUUUGUGGUCUCUGCCCAUCUUGGAUUUGUUAAGGAGUAGAGAAGAUGUGAUUGUAAGUGCCGGCUUUAAUUGUGUCCUCUGUUUGCUGUAUUAAGCUGGAAUCCAAUACGGUGGUGCUACUUGCCAUGGUGCAGUGCCAUGGCGGUACAGUUAACAGUAUCAUGGUAUCAAUAUGGAAAUCAUGUUGACUAAGCGAAAAGCUGUGCUUUUGUGGGCAGAGGCAGGAAGCAGUUUCUAGAAAUAAUGGUUCCAGAUAAGAAGUGGAAACCAAAUCUAUUUCUUGCUAUUUCUAUGCAACAGUAAUUGGAACUCCUUAUUACCGCAUUUGUAUUGGGCUUCUAAAACAUUUACAUGGGUGACUUACUUUAAUGGCUAGAGCCGGUCUUGUUUAAUGUCAACAUAAUGACAUGGAAAACACACAUUAGUGAUAAACAGGUUUUAUUCUGAAAAUAGAUGUGCAAAUUUAAAUAUCUUCCUCCUUAAAAACAAACAAAAGAACCUCAGCUCUUUGGAAGAAAAUAUAUUUGCCAUUAGAUUUUGAGGGAGAAGGGGCAAUAGCACAACUCUGCUUAGCCUAAAGCAGGGGUCUGCAACCCGCGGCUCCGGAGCCGCAUGUGGCUCUUUUACACCUUUGCCGUGGCUCCGGGGCGGAUACUAGCGAGGGGAGGAGGCGCAUUGUGCGCCCCGACACUCCCCACUGUGGCAGGAGCUGUACUGGCUGUGACGUCGCAUGGGGGCGGUGCGUGCGUUAGUCACGCACGGUCCCGACGUCACCUUUCCGCCCGCCCGCCCGCCCGCUACAUUGUAAGGGGCAUGUACGCUGGUCACUGCAUUGAAAGGGGGCAUGUACGCUGGUCACUGUUUUGAAGGGGAGUGAAGAACACACACACACAAAAAGGUAACUUGUUAAUUUAACGUUUAUUUCUAUGAGGAGGAGUAAUUCUGAGGGGUCAAACAAAGAAAUAAUAAAAAAGUGACAAAAAAGUUAUUUUUAUAAUGAUGAGUUUUGCGGCUCCCAGUUUUUUUUCUUCGGAAACAGGUCCAAGUGGCUCUUUUUGUCUUAAAGGUUGCAGACCCCUGGCCUAAAGGAAACCAGUCUCUCUCUGUCUCUCUCUCUCUCUCUCUCUCUCUCCCACCCACCCACCCACCCACCUACCACUUCCAAUGCAUUAAGAGUGUGUGGAGGGAUGGACCUCAGUGUAAAAAACUAUGUACUUUACAGUACAACAGAACUUGUCCAGUUCCUGAUGUGUGCUGGUGGCUUUCUUGGAACAUUCAUCCUUUCAGUGCCUAACUCAGGGUUCUGCGUAGCUGUGUACUGGGUUAAGUGUAUGUGUUAGCUGGCUUAUUGGAUAAAACCCAUUAGGAAUAAAAUACUUAGAUAAAGCAGCCUCCACGGGUGCAAUGUCGUCAGGCCUGUUUUAUUAAAUAAAUGGAUGCAAUCUUAAAUGUACAUAGCACAGGCCCAGAGCAAACACAACACUGGUAAGGAAAGACACCAGCACAGAGCGUGCAGGAGGUCUGAGGUGAAGCAUGGUAAUGAGGGGAGGGGGAUGACAUAGAGAUUAGGAGCAGAUGACCUGAAUGAGGAACUUGUGUGCCUGGUUUCUGAGUUUCAACAUUUUUGUGUGUGCUUUCAUACUUUUCUUUGCAGCCACAGGGCCUGGAACUGUCCCCUUUCCCUCUUUGAUAAAUUGAAAGCUGGCUUUCUAUUGCCAAAUCUCAAACUUGCAUGGUAAAUCACAGGUGAAGCGUUAACUCCCAAGAUGCUUCCCAGGGUGCCAGUUGACUAGGCAAGUGAUGAUUACAGUAAGUUUGUGUGGGUACCUGUGGUCUCAGCCAUCCUCCUUCCUUUCUCAUUGUGUGAACUGAUGCAAUCUUGGUAGCCUUUCUCGGUGGAAUGAGAUGUUUGUUUAUGAACAUUUUAUUUUUUCUGCUUUAUAUGUGCACUGUGAUCACCUACUACUAAACUACUAACUGAAUCAGAAAUGUAACAACCAGCAAACUUCCUAAUCACAUUUCUUGAAUUAGUAACACAUGCCUAUCAGUGUGUAUGUAUCUGUAUCAUUAUCUAGGCUCAGAAACUAAAAAUAGACUGUUACUUUGCACCAUGUAUACCUUGGAACUAAAGACAGAAUGGAAGGCAGUACUACAUGUCUGUGUUUUUAGCAGGACAUAGUAUUCCCAGUAGCUACGCUGCUUUCUGUACUUGGCAGCUUUGCUAAAUUCUUCAUUUAAUAUAUAGUUACUACUAUGCAGUGUCUCUAGGCCAGCUUCACUACAUUCUGUAAGUAGAAACUCUUUAGUGAUAUUACAAACCAACAAAGUAAAAUGUAGAGUUGAUUCCCCCCCCAAGCCGCCAUCUGGAAACAUCCUAUGUAGAUAUUGUAUAUCAAAGUUUUCUACUCUUGUUUACUACCCUGCAUAAAGAUGCUUACGUGGAAGCCUUCCCUCCCCUCUGCAUAAGCAAGGCUUUUGUGCUCUCUUUUCUUGAAAGUGUGUACAAAACCAUAACUACAAGACAAAAUCCAGGAGAAUGCACAUUUUUCACCUGAGAUGUUGAUGAUGAAAAGUGGAAGCUGUGGCCAGUAAUCUUUGGAUAGUGUUGUUUUCCCUUGUGCAAUACAGCUGUUUUCAAAAAAAAAAAGGUGAAUUAAUGUCUGUUCAUGACAACAGACGUAUGAUGAGCAGUGGCAAAUACCGGGUCAAAGAUAUGUCCAGCAAUACAUGUUGGAUCUAGUGAUGUACUGAGAUAUUCAUAGAGGCUCUGAAGUCCUGAGGUGGCCCAUUUGAGGCAGCCACAGCAUAAAUGUUGACGUCCCCCAAUACUUCUCUAGCACUACAUCUGAGGCUACAUCCACCAGCACAGUUAAGGAAGUUGUAAUUCAGAUGGGUGAAAUGUACACUUUAAACAUCCCCGUUCUGCCUCUCUGUCCCAACACGACAAAUAAACCCAGAAAGAGUGUGGAUUGAUCUUCUGGUGAGGGAGAUUAAAUUUUUUUAAUGGAUGAUAGUUACCUUCCCUGCCCUGGUCCUUCUUACCUGGACUGGUGCUACACAGGUGGCCUUAUGCUAACCUUGGUUAGCACAGGGCCACCUAGCCCAUCGGCCCCCUCAUCUGUUAUCAGCUUGUGGAUAAUAGAUGUUCUAUUCUGGUUAAACCUGGCAUUUAGCAGCAGCACCAAACUAGAGAGUCGUCAAACCAACACCCCCAGAUUCUGAGAUUAAGUGGCUGAAACAAAAGAAGCAAGGACUGAUGUUACAAGCCCCACCAUACCUUUACCCACCUCCGUACCCCCCCCAGCCUGCUAUCAAAGGGAUUAUAGCCUGAUUCCCCUCAUCCCCCUGUCCUUGACCCAGGCACAUAAUUCCCUUAAACCACCUCUGAUCACAGUGAUAGAACACAGACAAAGUAGACAGACAUAACCAUCUCAACCAGAAACCACUCUAACACAUGGGGUGUUGCAUACCGAUUUUGGAAGUGGUGGAUCAAGUGUGCGCUCUUCAGAAUUUUGGUACAUCAGAAUCCUCAAGCAUACCUAAUACAGGUAUAUAGUGAACAUGACUUCUGGGAUUUUUGCCUUGGGCAGAUAGAUAAUUACUCAGAGUUUACCAGAAGGCACUAGUUAUCUGCUUGACCUUUGGCACGAUGCAGGUCAUAUCUUCUAUAAUCAUUCCAGCAUCAAAGGCUUUCAAGAGUGCUGAAGUAAACACCACGGUGGCAGAGUCCACCAGUCCCUUUAAGAGGAUUGAGUUGCAUGAUCCUGGCAGAGUCCCUGUUAAAUAGCACCCUGUAAUGUAAGUUUUGGAUUUAUUGGUUGUGCAGUUGAAACUCAGCAUUCCACAAUGAUUUGCAGUUUUAGCUAGCUAGUAAGCAAGAGGUUACAACUGCAGCUGGGGUUGGUUGAUGGCAAUGAUGGAAGAAUCCAGUGAAUGAUGCAACGUCCCUUAAACGAAGGAAUAUGCAUGCUGCGGUUCUGAAAGAGCCACGAACAAGCCGUCCACUUGUAACCUUGGCUGAAUAACUCUGGCCUAUCGUGCAGAGCUGAUGUAAGACAUACUGAGAUAUUAAUGUGAGGUGAUGGGAACACUUAAAAGUGCAGUAUAGUUUUGAAGUUACAGUCAUACCUCAGGUUGAAGUAGCUUCAGGUUAAGCAUUUUCGGAUUGCGCUCCACGGUGAGCCGGAAGUAACGGAGCGCUUUACUUCCGGGUUUCACCGCUCGCGCAUGUGCAGAUGCUCAAAAUGACGUCACGCGCAUGCGCGGAAGCGGUGAAUCGCAACCCGCACCCGUGCGGACGCAGGUUACAUUCGCUUCAGAAUGCGAACGGGGCUCCGGAACGGAUCCCAUUUGCAUCCAGAGGUACCACUGUAUUUUGUAAUUAUCCCAUUCAUGCUACUGAGUGAAAUGGCAAGAGCACAAAUCUAAGCCUCAUGCAUUCUUCCUGUGCGGGGCAUGGAAAGGUGGGGCUUGGUUCAAUGGGUCUCUGCAGGUAAGCAGUGCCUGCAAAGCACCUUGCACAGCACUUUUCAAAUGCCCAGCAGUCACAACUGAUUCUUGCUGCUUGCGAAACCCUGUGCUUGGUGCUUUCCUUUAUUUAUUUAUUUAUUUAUUUAAAUUUUCAUUUGAUUUUUUUUGUUGAGCUUGGUGUUUUCCAAGUGCCAAGCCCAGAGCUUUCAAAGCCACUGCCCAAGGAUCUUUGCAAGCUUCCUCUGGAAACGGGCAUUUGGCGGGGAGUGAGAGACAAUCUUGGAAGCAGAUUAAAUUACAAGCACUUUGAAUACAAACUGCUUCUCUGUAGAAGGGGAAAUGCUCCAGUUUUAGGAUUUUUUAUAUUUUAGUACCUGGGAUUCAGUGCCACAAGGCAGGAUGACAUUUUCUUAGAUAGCUUGGAGAAGUUAGUAUUAGUUGGAAUUGCUUUAGAUGUCCCUAGUGUAAUAGCUGCAACAUGAAAACAGUGUGAUAUUAAGCAAAGAGAAAGCCAACUGGAAUAAAGAUCCCCAAUGUAACAAAAUUAUUAUACAGUGUGCAUUUCAAACCUUUCAGUCUUACAAGUCAAACAAAAAAUUGCCCUGCCUUGCCUCUGCACAUGCACAUUCCACCCUAAAAUUUCUGUAAUCCCAAGCACUACAGCAUAAUAGGAGCCAGUAUGAACCGUGGUGCUAGUAUAAAAGUAAUAUUCAGGAUCUUGUAGCUAGAACCUGCUCAACAAGACACAGUUAAGACUGAAUAAACAGUUCCACUUUUUCGUAAUGUUAAAUUGAAUGCCACACAAACUGACUCUUGGGAUUCUCAUAAACCUAUAAUUUGACUGCAAUGGACAGCUUGAAACAGUUUGCUCUCAAAUUAGGACUGUAAAAGAACUACUUAUAGUGACACUGCUUCUGUUGAUUUGUUUAACUCUCCCAAACAAGUAGUGCCGCUGUGGUCCUCAACAGUUUUUUGAAAUAGGUGUAAAACAUUUUUAGCAAACCUGAACCACUUCAUAUUCCAUGGACUCUGGAACAAUUAUGGGGUCAGUAGUCGUAGUGUUUAAUCUCUCUCUCUCUCUCUCUCUCUCUCUCUCUCUCCCCUAACCCACAGGGUCUGAUUUACCCCUGUUAAAGUGAAUGAGAAACUGAAAUGAUCAAAUGCCUAAGCUAACUGAGGUCAAUUCUAUCCUAAGCCACUUCUCAAAAUAAAAUAGAGAAAAUAACAUAGCAUUUUAAUUGUAUCAUAAAUUAUAUUUGUGUUUGUUUAUACCACUUAAAGAGAACUGGAAUAGAUUUCUGUCUUCAUUGUUUUUUAAAGAAAAGGUACAUUCCUGUGUACAAAAAUAAAUAAAUUAAUUAUAAAGCACUGCAGUGGUCUGUUGCACUUCUGUAGUAAAUUUAAUUAAUUUGUGUGCAAAAGGAACAGCAAUUUUAGGUAUUCUUCAUUUUAGUUAUUGACUAGAAUUAUGAAACAUACCUUCAAAUUAACCACAGAGAGGGGUGCACAAAGGAAAAAUGGAAAGAAGGACUUCCUCCUCUCAGGGCAAUUUCCAACAAUGAACAUUAUCUGUCAUUGAAUUGUUAUGUCCAAUUGGUUAUUGUUUGUUUUGUUGAACCUGCUCUAGACACUAAUGUGCAAACAAAAUACUGGAAGUAGACAUUAAAUGCUGGUGCAUUAUCCCAUUGUUCCUUUUUAAAGCAUGAAAAGCGACUUCUGGAGGGGCAGCUAGGCAUAACUCACUUAUCCCAGAGCCCAGACUGCAUAUAUUAAUGUUGGAGAAAAUGUGUUAUUUCUUGUGGAAAAAUCUGUGAUUGCUUUUGUAAACAGCAUGUGGUUACAUGAGACUCAUGAGCACAUGAGCUGACGAUCAGUACUCCCUUAUUCCUCCCAUUGACUGCCACCACCAGCGCCACCCACUUUUAAUAUAUUUUUAGAUCUUUGUGUUUCCAAAUUUUAAAAGUGCCAUUGAGGAAAUGCUCUUCAUGGCUGUGUUUAGAGCUGCUAUGUUUUGCAGCUUUCUCACAGCUUCCUACAGUGCUGUCUUCCCUCUCCCUCUCUGCUGAAGCAGCAGGCAGCUUACUAAUAUGUUAGGAGAGGCCGCAGGACAGUUGCCCCUCUUCAACAAGGCUGCUGCCUUACCUCAUAAUGUGGAAGCUUGGUAUCAAGCCAUGGCGGACUGAUGGAAGUAGAAGAAGGGCCAUAGCUCAUUGGCACACCCUGUGCCUUGCAUGCAAAGGAUCACAGGUUCAAUCCUUCCUCAGCAUCUCAAGCAAGGGGAUAGGAAUUGUCCCCUUCAUGAAAACCUGGAACCGCUGUCUGUCUGUCUGUAGAAACAACAACCACUAAGCUAGAUGGGACGCGGGUGGCGCUGUGGGUUAAACCACAGAGCCUAGGACUUGCCAAUCAGAAGGUCAGCGGUUCGAAUCCCCGCAACAGGGUAAGCUCCCGUUGCUCAGUCCCUGCUCCUGCCCACUUAGCAGUUCAAAAGCACUUCAAGUGCAAGUAGAUAAAUAGGUACUGCUCCGUCAGGAAGGUAAACGGCGUUUCCGUGCGCUGCUCUGGUUCGCCAGAAGCGGCUUAGUCAUGCCGGCCACAUGACCCGGAAGCUAUCUGUGGACAAACGCCAGCUCCCUCGGCCAGUAAAGCAAGAUGAGCGCCGCAACCCCAGAGUCGUCCGCGACUGGACCUAAUGGUCAGGGGUCCCUUUACCUUUACUAAUGUAGAUGGACCAGUUGCCUGCCUCAGUAUAAGACAGUUUCUGGUAUUUCUAAAUACUGCCCAAAAUACUUCAGUGUGACAUUAACAGUGGGUGCUCAGUACUUCUACAAAAAAUGCAGCACAACAAAUUAGUAUUGGUAAUUGUGUGGGGAACAUCUCAAGCUGCAUAGGCAAAUUUACCUGUUGAUUUUCAGUGGAGGGAAGAAAGGAAGAAUGGGUGAAGGAACGUAUUAAUGGAGAGUCCGGAGUCCAGAAAGCAAUUUACAAAUAGUUCAUAAGUGGUGUUGCUAUAAAACAACUGUACAUUUACUGCACUAGUUUGCUGUUUCAUUGCAGCCCAGUUGUCACACUGAAAGCUGUUUAAUAAGCCUUUCACACGACAGCUGUGUUUAAGUUAAUAAGCUUCACAGUACAGGAAAAAUUCAGAAGUGGCGGGAAAGUGAUAUAAGUUUGUGUCUAUUCUUCUUGUUGUUGUUAUUUUUACUGAGACUGAAAAUUGAGAAAAGCUAAUAACCUGAAGGAAGGUCCUGAAUACUUUGGAACCAGGUUAUUGGAAGGAAUACCGUCUCCCACUUGAACCUGUCUGUGUUGUGCGUGUCAUCGGGGACCUUGUUUCAUUUCUCAUUGACUUCAGAGGCUCAUCUGAUGGGAAUGUGGGACAGACAUUUUAAAUUGUGGAGUCCAUAUUAUGUCACUUCCUCCCCUGGGAGGCCUGAUAGACUCCUUUCUUAAUGCCUUUUUGAUGAGGUGUAAAAGAGAAAGGCCAGGCCUUAAUGAAUCACAGCAAUUAAUAAAAAGCGGACCAAAGCAAGAAACAUUUUUAAAGUAUUUUUCUUAAAAAUUGCCAGGGAUGGGCAACAUGUAUGUCUUGGGGUGUGGAGCCACCACCCGAAGAACCCUGUUUCUGUUACCUAUCAACCUAAUAUAUAUAAGCAGGGCUUCGGUAGCUGAUUCUAAGGCAUGAGCAGGCUCAUUCAGGUGGUCCUUCAGAUAACAUGGUCCCUAACCAUGUAGAGUUUUAAGGGUCAAAACCAAUGCUAUAAAUCAGGCCCAGGAACAAAGCAAAGGGGACUUGCCUGUGCACACAUACUGAGCUAGAUGGGCCAUUGAUCUGAGUCAGUAUAAAACAGUUUCCUAUGUUCCUGUGAAAUGCGUAAUGUUGAUUCCGGUGUAUAACUUGACAAUGUAUGGUUUUUAAAAAGAAAAAGAAAGCAUUUCAAUUAAGGACCAAAAGAACCAGGCCUUUCCAAUGAGUAAAAUAUUUGUUUCCUGACUAGCUGAUAAUUUUUGCAGGAUUGCUACGUCAAAUACAUAUUUAUUUAGUCAUCAAAAGGGAAAUGAAUUGUGGAUGCUACAAUGAAAGGGGACAAUUAAUUCCCAUGCAGCCAUAGUAGGUGCCUGUUUGGGAAACCAUAUGAAAGCUGUAUUAGUCAUGGCUUAGUGAUAUUGUCAUAAUUGUGUGCUGGGAAAAUCCAUAUGCCUUUUGGUCUUUAGCAUUAAUAUAUGUAUCAUAGUGAAGUAUCAUGCCAUCCUGAUUGCAAUGCUUAUAAUUAGCCCAUGGUAUUUAUCUAAGUUGCAUCUAGACAGAAAUUAUAAUUACUGGCUGAGACUAUCCCUCCUCCUGCUUGGCCUUGCUGCCUUAGCUAUUAAGGACAGUUUCCAAACGACUGGAAACGUGCAAUGAUAAACAUAACAACAACUGUAGGCUUCAGAUCCUACUUAACAUGGGGUAUGAAUAAGCAAAAACACACACCAUCCAACAGUGUGUGGAAGAUAUAAAACUCCAAGCAGAUCUACCCAGGUCUCUGAAAAUUUUAAUCAGUGAAACUAGAAGACAUCUCCCAGAUGCCAUCAUAGCUGUCGACUUUUCCCAUUUCUUGCGAAGAAUCCUAUUCGGAAUAAGGGAAUUUCCCUUAAAAAAAGGGAAACGUUGCCAGCUAUGGAUGCCAUAUAUAACCAACCUUGAAAUUCCAAAACAGUGAAGGGCUUUCACUGCUGCCAGGCCAUCCCUUCAGCCAUCCAGGAAGGCUGCUUUCGGAAGACACCUAAUGCCCAUGCGGCUCUGGGCAACUGGAAACAACAGAACAUGUCUUUUUUCACUGCCAAUACUAUACAGAUACAGUGGUACCUCGGGAUGCGAACGGGAUCCAUUUUGGAGCCCCGUUCGCAUCCUGAACAGAACAUAAGAUGCGACAGUGUGUCUGUGCAUGCGCAGAUCGUGUUUCGUUGCUUCCACGAGCUCCGUUACUUCUGGGUUGCCGCGGAGCGUAACCCGAAAAUACUUAUCCUGAAGCAUAUUUAUCGUUAUAGAAACCUAUUAGCAGUGUGUGUGUGUGUGUGUGUGUGUUGGCAUGCAGCUAACCCAUUUGUUUGCUCCAAGUGUACGUAUCAUUCCACUCCCAUCACUCCUUUAAAGAUUUUCAUGGAAGAUGCUCUUGUUACCUAGGGUGGGGUUUUGGAGGCGGCCCAUGAGCUUCUCCAGUUUUAAUGCAAGGAUUAUAAACUAUCUAAAAUGCUUGUUCGUAAGAUAUUUCAGUAAGAGACUUGAACCCACAACCCUAAGAUUUAGAGUCUUACUCUCAACCAGAUUCACCUAUUACAGGAAAAGAAGCAGCAGGCCCUAUAGUAAAAUCAUUUGAAGGCUUUGUAGAUAGCUUUGACCUUGGUUGUGAAAACCUUCCCGUUAUCUUUAAUGCAAUCUGUUUUGACCAUGAUAGAGAACAAAAUUUUACCAGGACCAGUAUGGCCCAAGGGAAGGGUAAGUGACCUGGAGGUGCUAGAACCAGAACCAGAACUACCGUAGUUUUUGCUCUAUAACACGCACCCGACCAUAACACGCACAUAGUUUUUAGAGGAGGAAAACAAGAAAAAAAAUAUUCUAAACGAAACAGCGGAUGUAUGAUUUUUGUGGUUCAUGCUGUGGCCACAGACAUGUGAUCUGACGGUGAGUUUGGGGUAGCCCAAUGCAAAAAUCCUGAGGAUCCAUGUAGAUCCAUGCUUUGGAACGACGUUUUUGCACCACUGUGGCCCCAGGCAACAGUGGGUGCGUGAUUUUUUUGGUGCAAGCUGUAGCCAUGGACAUGCUAUGUGAUCUGAUGGUGAAUUUGGGAUGACCCAGUGCAAAAAUCCUGAGGAUCCAUGUGGAUCCGUGCUUGUAACCAGGCUCUCUGUCCCUCUCUUCUCCCCACUCAGUGGCUCUUCUCCCGCUUUGCUGUUUCAAAGCGAGCCACGGAGGAGGGAAGGAAGGGGAACCAUGGAUCCUCUGCUCACGACUGCAGCAGAUCCCCCGCCAUCCAUAGGCAUUCGCUCCAUAACACGCACAGACAUUUCCCCUUACUUUCUAGGAGGAAAAAAGUGAGUGUUAUGGAGCAAAAAAUACGGUACUUAUUAAAAGAAGUUGAUUAAUUGUGCCCUUCCUGGAAGAAGAGAAUAGUUGUGUUGUGAGAGUUGGACCUUUUAAAAAAAAACCUCCUUAAGCCAAAGCAACAUGCAUAAGGUGGUUUACAAAGAGUGCCUUCUGAUGUUAUCUGAAGUACAUUUCUACUACAUAAGUUCCCCUUCUGUUACUUUAAAGCAUUGCCAGUCAAAUGCAGAAGUCAACUGUGGUCCAAUUUAUGGCAUUUUGGGGAAUGUCUGAUUGUUCAGGGAAUGUCUGAUUACUGGACUCACCACAAGUGAGGCCCUGGUUCCUGAAAUUUUUAAGGACAGUGUACUAAUGAUCUGAAAGGCUCCUACUUUAAUGUAGUUCAUAUCAGCACCAAUUAAUCAAAGUUUCUGUGGUGCUCUACAUUGACCCAGCUCCUGGGUAGUGUGUUGACCCUAGAAUGGCAGGGCUGGAAUUUGAGAACUUAGGCCAAUAACUUUGGUUUUCUUGCAUCCAGUGAACCAGCUCAAAGUCCGUUAAUGGUUGCCAGGCUUUGCAAGUGCUAGCUUCAAAAGCAAAUUUAAAUAUAUCUGGUGGUGGUUGAGGAAACAUUGUGCUCAGUGGGACCUGAAGGUUACACCCUGUGUAUUUAAACAUUACUUGGUAUCAUAUUGCCCAGUAACUGAGAGAAAAUGUUCCUUAAUUCCAAAAUGAGAUAGGGCUUUGAUUUUGUGGAGCUGAAAGAGCUCAACAAUUGAGAACAGAUGCCCCAAUUCCUGAUGGAGGCAGUUUGUUUUGCAGUGUGUCUUUUGCAGAAAGAUAGUUUCCAUACAUUUAAUCAUAUCUUUCAGAAAAAAAGAUAUUUUUUUCCUGUUCAGAUUUACAACAUUUAUUUGGUGUGACCUUUGUGCUAUCCUUAAAAAGUAAUCAUUGAAUGUUUGUCCUAGGUCAGAGGUAUGAUGGAUCCAACUGAAAUAUGCUUAGAUUAGUAGUAGCCAUCUUGCCUCUCUUUUAUCAGGCUUCUUGGUUGUCUGUCGACACAAAUUGAUAGCAUGGUCAGGAGGGAUUAAAGUGAGUUGAAUUGAUACAUAGUAGUAUGUAUGUUGUACUGAAAAAUAGAGCAGAUUUCUAGAAUCUAGAUGAAGAAUAAGCAGGUGCUUUUUAGUGCCAUUGAAAGAUGGUGCUUUCCUUUGACUAACCUGCAAAACAAAAAAGGGGAGAGAGUACUCAUGAGAGAUGGUCAGUACACAAUGCAUUAAGUCCUUUGUUAUAAUACUUGUUUGAAUUUUGUGCUGCUUUUGGAAAGUAUUAUCAUCAAGAUGCAGGUAGAAGAAUGAAGACUACUCUGUCUUAUCAGUGGGUUGCAAUAAAGAUUUUAACUAAAAUUUGCAAAAACAUGGGUCCUGAAAGGUCUUCAGAUUCCUAGAUGCCAGUGUUUUAAAUAUUUGGGAUGAACUUGGUGAUAGUGAGUCUUGAGUGUAUGUGUAGACGCAAUAUGCACACACACAAGCACAUGCAUGCACACCACAUAUGUACAGCACAUACACAAAUACAAACAGCUACAGGAUGUUGCCUGAACAUUGUCAAAACCUGCUAGCGUAUUACCUUGCUGUAGCUUGGCAGCCAUGGAUAUUGUGAGAAACCUAAGUCAAAUUCAGAGCAGGCUAAAGUAGUAGCAUGGGUGAAAUGCCAUACAUUUUCUACCUUGCCUACAAAUCUUGAUUAAUUAGCAUUUGGGAUUCUUUAGUUGUGGUCCUUGCAUUGCAGGGAAUUGCACUAGAUGACCACUGGGGUUCCUUCCAACUCUACAAUUUUAUGAUUUUGUGGUUAUGUAAGGUAAAAUCGGGAAAACCCCUUAAAUGCCAGCCUUUACAGAGGCGUGCUGUACUGUUUCCUUAUCAUUACAAAAAUCCUAUUUAAAAAUAUUUAUCAGAUGAAUCGUGAUUCUGAGAGAUGCUUCAAUUCAUUGGCAUGAGUUUUCUUUUUAGCUGUUAAGUAGCAGUGAUCUGAAAUGGGAAAGUCUUUCUUCCCUUGCCCCCAUAGCAAAGACCCCCAUGUGUAAAUGCAGUUUCUUCUUGAAAAUUCUUCUAAAUUAUGUGGUAUGGUGCUGGGAAUAAUGUACCAUGUGGUUAGCAUUAUCUCUAAGUUCCUGAGAAGCUGUACUGAAAUGACACCUUCUGUUUAAUGAAUCCCAUUGGGUGUGGUGGAUUGUUUGCAGAGUGCCACGCCUCACUUUUUAAUGUAUGUUGCUUACGUCAAUAGAUGAGAGUUGAAAGCUAGAGUAAGUUUCCAAACUCAAAGCAGAGUGUGAGAUUUCCAAACUGCCUUGACAGCCGUUGGAUAUUAAAUCAAACUUAAAUAUUUUUGGGUUGCAGGUGGCUCAAUGUCGCAGUUUCAGAACUCGUGGGAAUUAUACCAGCAGAGUAUACAAAAUGACCUGGAUAUUGGUAAAGUAUAUCACUCCUUUUCAAACUGUUUAUUCGAUUUUAAUAAGUUUGUCUCUUUCCCUCGGUCAGCGAAAGGAGAAUUGUGUGUUAUUAAAAUUAUGUCAUCUUGGCUUUUAAAAAAAUCUGAAGAAAACAAAAUAAAAAAUAAUGUGCUCCUUGAGGCUUGUCUGAACUAUCCACUUCUCACAUGCAUUUUGUCUUGUUUCUCUGCAGAUUAUGUUGGGUUGGUAUCUGAUUAAAAAGUAGUGGCAUUUCAGAUGGGACUAGCUAUUUGUUGAAGUAGAAGUGUGCAAGCUUUCAAGUUACAUUAAUGCUUUUCUAGCAAAGAGACUGACCUAAGGAUCAGCAUGUCUUCAGUCUUGCCUCUGCUACGAAUUCAGGCCACAUCCACACCAUACAUUUAAAGUCCCAAAUGAUUUCCUCCUAAGAAUUAUCGGAACUAUAGUUUGUUAAGGGUGCUGGGAAUUGUAGCUCUCUGAGCGGUCAACUACAGAUCCCAGGAUUCUUUGGGGAAAGCAGUGCACUUUAAAUGGUGUGGUGACCUCUAUCUGCUAUGAACUGGCAUCCCUUUCUUUCUUUCCCUGUCUCUCUUUUGGCAUUGGCCCUUCAUCUGCAAAAUGCAGACAACAACAUUGACAUGCCUUAACAUUUGUUUUGUUAUAAUCCUAACUGCAGUACUGUAAUCAGAAUGCUUUGAAUACCCUCUGAUGUGCUAUAUAAAAAGUAAACGUUGUUAACAUGUGUAUCCUUGUUAGGAAGACUGGUGAAUCUUGAAGAGGUUCCCCAUUCCCCACCUUGCUAUUCUGCAGAAUAUCUGUGGAGGAUGGGGGGAGGUAAUUAAAGUUUAUCUUAGUUUGGGGGGCAGCUGAGGCGACAGGUUUGGGGAUGGGGGAAUUGGAUUUUGUCCUGAUUUAUUAAAUCAUGGCUGCUGUUGGGAUGGGUUUGGCUACAAAUCUAAAUACAUAGUGUAGUGUUGGUUUCUUAUGCAAGUAUUUAGUCACAUCUCAAACAGGCACGUAUGAACACCUAUCAGUGAGUAGAGUAUUCAAAGUUAUUGUUCAGACUCCAAAAUCAAGUUACCUAUUUGAUCAUUUAAAUAACUGGAAAUUUGCAGCUGAUCAGUUUACAGUGUGUGCUGAAAAACUUACAAAUUGGGCUGCUGCCCGUUUGAAAUGAUUAAUUGUCUAUAUUGGUAACCAGCUUUGCUCUUUCUAGUAGAGCAUGAAUUCACCUUUCAUCUUCCAGAUGUAUUUCUACACUAGCAAUUUACCGGUUCAGUAAGACACCAAAUGGAUAUGCUCCUUUUGUAGAUUUUGUUGGCUCCUUUUGUAUUUGCUGCCAAUAUUUAAUCAACCCUUAAUCAACCCUGAGGAGAUAAAACAAAAAUAUGAGAUAUUAGCAAAAGCUAAUAACAAUUUGGAAUAUUAAUCUGCCAUCCUGGGUUAUAUGACUGGCAUGGCUUCCACAAGGAACCUAUUGCAGUACACCAGAAAAGCCAUUUAACAUUUUGAGGUGAUAUUUGAGCUGUUUUAUAGCCUUUGUUGGGACACGGGUGGCGCUGUGGGUUAAACCACAAAGCCUAGGACUUGCCGAUCAGAAGGUCGGCGGUUUGAAUCCAUGCGACGGGGUGAGCUCCCGUUGCUUGGUCCCUGCUCCUGCUAACCUAGCAGUUCGAAAGGACGUCAAGUGCAAGUAGAUAAAUAGGUACCGCUCUGGCGGGAAGGUAAAUGGCAUUUCCGUGCGCUGCUCUGGUUCACCAGAAGUGGCUUAGUCAUGCUGGCCACAUGACCCGGAAGCUGUACGCCGGCUCCCUCGGCCAAAAAACCGAGAUGAGCGCCGCAACUCCAGAGUUGGUCACGACUGGACCUAAUGGUCAAGGGUCCCUUUACCUUUACCUUUAUAGCCUUUGUUGGGCUAGUUUCAGUUAUCUGAAUGAAAAAAUAUAUAGCCAGCUCAAAGAGCUGUGCCCCUUUAAGGCUUUAAUAUCUUAUGUUCCAUUUAUUAAGUAAAAUGACUGUAGCAGUCUGUUUUGUUUCUACCCAGCUAACAAAGCAUUAUCUGACAAUCCCAUUUUGGUUCCAAAAUAUAAUUGUUUCUCUGUCAGUAGUGAAAGCAAACAAGUGAUAAAUAUCAUGUUUUAGAAAGUCCCCCUCUUAGCCACCAGCACGGUAACUAAGCAACACUCCUUCCUGCUAUCUGAGCAUUGUUAAAUUUAUGAAAGAGGAAAGAUAACUUUAUUGAAUGUUAACGUGCUGUUUCAGAUAUUAAGUCUAAGUUUUAAAUGAAAAUAGUGACAUUCAAAGGUCAACAGCCCAUCAUUGAUUAGUACAAACUUAGACAUGCAGUUAACAUAGUAACUAAUAAGUGCACUUCCUAUUUGGGCAGACUGUCAAUGUUUGCCUUACUUGCAAAGGAGUCAGGUUAGGUCUGUAGUCAAGAAUAAAUCUGAAUUUCCAUUUAAAGUGGAAAAGGGAACUGUUGAUUCAGUAAGUUCAUCCAUUUCUUCUUCUUUUAAAAACAGUUUUCAAUUACUCUUAGCCAGACCCAAUCAGCAGAAUACUGAAUGUAAUAGAGGAAGAAUAAUAGGUUUAAGAGUAAGAAUGUGAAGCCCCUGAAAUGCAUGUCAUGGGAUAAAGGGUUGUUGCAACUAGAGUCUUCUUGCUCAAACUACAUGUGAUUGUAGCAAACCCAUUGUUUAAAACUGGGUCUGCCCCAACCAUGUACAAAGUGGAAGGUGGAAAACCAUUUUUAGAUCAAAAGAAAUUCACUGAAACCUCAGGGCUUAUCUCCUUACAGUCAGAGUCUGUCACCCAGGUGUUUUUCUCCAUAGUACCUGAACUGAAAAGCACAAAGUGAGAGUUUAGCUCUUCUCACUGGCUCUUAACAUUCGGAAUCCUCCAUACAUUUUAUGUGUGAUUGGGGCAGAUCUGUUUCUGAUCAAACAAUUCUGCCAGGGUCACAUCAUCAUUGGAAUUCCAUCCUUGCAUAUAGGUACAUUUUACCAGCUGAGCAUGCCAUCCACAAGAGCCUGCUGGAUCAGGCCAAUGCCUAUCUAGCCCAACAUCCUUUUCUCACAGCCACCAGCCAUAUGCCUGUGGGAAGCCUGCAAGCACAUCAUCUUUGCUCUCACAAAAGCAAAGAAUUUUAAUUAUACCUGCUGACAGUGACUAUGUCAGAUAAUGCUAUAAAUUUAGUUUCUCUGCAUAAAACAUAACUGACUAAGCAUGCAACAUUACCCUGUAAACAUAAAACAUUAGAAAGUAAAUGGGAAAUUUAAAAUACAAGUUUCAUCAAGUCUUGAUUCAUGCUUAGACAUCAGCUGCCAACUUGCUUCUUGACCUCUGAUGUGUAGUCCUCACAUUUCUCAUAUGUAUACACCCUGCCUGCUGCCUCUGUGACUUGUUUCACAUACCUUUCUAAAGUCUGAGCAUGGCAGGGUCACUGUGGAACUUGCAUAGUCUCGUCAAUGAACUUCUUUACUUCUACUGUAGUAAGUUUACAUGUCAAAGGAGGUUCAUCUACCCUGUCAGACCAGUCCAUCAGCUCCACCAGGGACAAACCACUGGGGUUGAUGGAAGCUGUCUUCCUCAGACGUCGUCAUCUCUGCCCCUAAAGUCCGCUGAUCUUUUAGACACCAGCUCUCUUCUCUUCACUGUCAUCUGAUGAUAAGAGUGCCGGGAUUAUCAUUUCGCUGAAUGCAUACCAUGCUGAGUGCAGGAUGGUUGGCAAAACAGCAUCCUUGUUUUGCAGUCUUCUUUGGCAGCCUAACUCACCACAGCUGAAACAAGGUGUGAUGUGAGCCUUCCACCCAAGCGUGUUUUACUUUGAUGUUCAAUCCCCCCAAAAUCCUGGAUUUCACUGCAACCUGUGUUAUCUGUAACACAGUGGUCUAGGUGAAGAUGAGAAAAUGAAACCAUCUUAGCUGUUGAUUGUUCUGGAGGGGAUGUUUAUCAAUGACAUGUACCGUAUAUUGUGAAUUAAGGAUUUUGCUAUAUUCCAAUUGAGUAUUCGUAAGCAGAUCAGAAAAUGGAGUGGGGAUUCUUACUAGCUUCUGCAGAGUCUUUGCUACAUAGAUUAUGAUAUUUGAUUAUGAUUACCACGUAGAUUAUAGCUGAAAAGACUGUUGUAUUGAGGUUUAUAAACUCUGCACUUUUCUCUGUCACAGAAAUGGAGACCAUGGCACCUUGCUCAGCAUUUCCGGAUCCAGCCAGCGACUUUGACAGGAACAUUCCACGUAUCUGUGGUGUUUGUGGAGACAAAGCUACUGGCUUUCAUUUUAAUGCUAUGACCUGCGAAGGCUGCAAAGGAUUUUUUAGGUAUGUGACUCCUGGCAUUUGACGUAAAUUAUUCAUAAGAGAUUUUGACCUCUGCCCUCAAGAAAACCCAGCUUUACUUGGGCCAGCAGUUUACUUUGAGCACAAAAGCAGAUCAGCAAAAGAGGUUUCCUCUACAGUCAAACCUCGGAUCCCGAAUGCUGAAAACCCAGAAGUAAAUGCUCCAGUUUUCUAACGUUUUUCGGAAGCCAAAUGUCUGACGCAGCUUCUGCUUGAGCGCAGGAAGCUCCUGCAACCAAUUGGAAGCCACGCCUCGGUUGUCGAACAUUUCAGAAGCCUCUAACCCCACCCACCACUGACAUGUCCUUGGAAGGUUGCUCAGGAGGAAGUGGGGCCCUCUUGCUGCACUAACCCCUGCUCUAAACUACUGUCUCUGUCUAUACAGACUUUAGAUGUAAUUAAUAACUUGACUUUGGAGAAAUGACAUGGUGUUUAUUAUAUUUAAAUGAGAGUUUAUCUUAUUACAAUUUUACUUUAAAACAUUUUGGAAUGUCACUGUGUGGGAAUUCCCCUGCUGCUUGAGAAUGGCUCCUUUUGCAAACCCAGGAUAGGAACAUCCCUUACUUAAGCAGCAGUUUGGAUUCCAAUUAUCAGCUCUUGCUUAGGGCAUACAGAAAUUUGCUGUUCUUCUGGUUCAUGGAACUGCGCAUACUCAUGCACCAUCUGAGUUUCGCUACCCCUGCUAUAUGGACAAGCAGGGUGUUUAUGAAUACUGAGCACAAUACUGGCAUAGAGAAAGCCAGAGGGCAGCUGUCUCCCACUUUCCUCUUAAACCACAUUAAGAAGGAGCCAGUAUUCCAUCUGCAGUAGCCCAAACAAUUCCAAGAACUAUCAGCAGUUUAGCAUAUCUCACAAAUGAAGUGUCAAUCUUUCAUAAAGCAAAUUACUGUAUGGUGACGUGGGACGUUUUCCUGGGAACUCUUGGUUAAAAGCAGAUGACUAAUAACAGAUGUAAUUAACAGCUAUUAUGUGACUAAUUAGAGGAAAACUCACAUGUACUAAAUGCUAUAGUGGGACAGUAACGCAGGUAUAGGAUUUGUGUGGACAUAAGGUAAACUUCAGGUCCGCAAGGACCAUAUCUUCCCAACAUAACUCCUUUAUUUCAGCAUCUCUAUGGUAAACUAGACACAUCCACUCUUGCUAGAUUGUUGGAGAUGGGAUGUUUUGCAUACCAUCCGCCUUGCAGCCAGUUUUCCAGUUGGGCUAAAGUGCACCCUGGCUAACUAGAACAACAAGAUUUUCUUCAAUUACUGUUGCUUAAAUGAGCAGCUCACCUUUCACAGGUAUAUUUCCACAUACAAGGUUAGUGCCUUCAGCUAAUCAGUCAUGCGCUGUGUGCCCUGGACAAGAUAAACGUCAGUGCAUGCCAUUUGUCAACUUUGAAGGACACGUGCAUGGAACAUCUAUUCCAAGGAUCACUGUUAAGAAACCUUAGAAGGUAAUGAGUGAAGCCUGGUGAGCUGUGUACCACAUUCCCAGUGAAAUGUUAAGAAAAUCUGAAACAUUUUCAGAAUUUGUCAGAAAAUCUUAUACUCAAAUAUCUGGCCAAGGAGGAUCUUCUCCUUUCCUGGAAACCAGGUUUAUAAGACAAUGCUUUCCAAAUUUCUGAUAUCUGAGGGAUGCCUUUUUUGGAUUAAAAUUUGAGGCACCCCUCUCUUAAACCCCAAAAGGUUGGAAGAAGGCAGACCUGGAGCAAAGACUCUGAAAGAGAUACAGUGGAAGUUUUCCUCUGAUGGCAGGCCAUUUUGCAUUGAGUGCAACUGGACAAUUCAUUCUCUACCAAUGCAGUCAAGCAGGAGAAUGAUCUGCCUUCGGAGGAGGCUGAUUAGAAGGAGCUAGGAUGGGAAAUUCACAGCACAAUGAUGUCACGCCAUGCAUUGUGUUACGCUUGAUGUUACGAGGAAGAGAGCAGAAAGAGACAUGGAGCAGCUGCUGCUCCGUAUCUCUUGGAACAUCUAGUUCUGGCCCAUUAAAUGUGGCACAAUAGUUGAGGUAAGUUGCCAAGGAAGCUGGAGUUUCCAUGACUUCAGACCAGCAGCGCUUGAUCUUUUUCUGAAAACGUGCUGAAGGCAAAUGCCAGUUGCUCUGCUUGACACAGUGGUGGCUGCAGGGACGCCAAUGGCAUGAAUGAUGCACGGGGUUAAGCCUGAAAAUCCCUGCAGCAUUAUCUGACCUUGGAGGUGAAUGGAAAAGGUCACAUAGGGGAAACUUGCACUAGGCUAUUUUGUUUCAAAGCAACAAUAAUGACAUCUUGAGACCAAACCAGGAUGUUAGAAAUGAGAUGUCUGUCGCAUAACUACUUCCCCCUCUGGACAUUUUCCUCUCCUGAGCAUGAUUCAAAGAGUUUGCCUUUCACCCUUUCUGUGAAGGCCUUCUUAAAGAAAUGUGCAUGUCUCGUUAGGGAACACUUGAGUAACUGCAUUUUAAACCUGAAACAACAAAGUUCUCAACUGCUUCACAAACACUGGCUGAUCAAAAUAGAAUAUAGUCCACUUGGUCCUUCAUGGCAAAUCUCUCGAGAUGUUUUGCAAAACUAAAGUUGGGGAAGCCAUUUGGUAUUGGCCUUUCAGUGGUUUCUCUUCUAUUGGGAAAUAUUAUCUUCAGACACUUUAGAGUGCAUUGCCUUCCCGGUGUCCUCUGACACCUCUUGAAGUUUGUUCGUAUUGGAUUGGUUGUUACGGGUCUGAUAUCUAUGAUGAAAUUUUAAAUACUGAUAAGAAUUGUGGAAACUAGACUAGAUAAUUAAUACCUUUGCAAUGUACUGAAUAUGAAAUACUGGGUGUCAUUUCUUCAUUUUAUAUGUAGCAUUGCUGAUUUGUUUAUUCAUAUCAGUCGGGGUGUGUGUGUGUUUCUUUACGGGGUCCUGGGACAUUUCCAGAUGGGCUGUUGGUCCACAGAAAAAAAAUACGGUUGUCCUGCACUAUGUGGUGUAAUUAUCUCAUGCAGGAUAACAACCAAAUGCUGACAAUGUCAUAUAGCCACCCUGCUAACAUAUAGCAUGUAAUGAGAGAGGUGGUAGCAUUGAGGGAAGUUUCUCUUUUUCUCCUGAACCUAAAUAAGAGUGAGGACUUUCCUUCACACUGUGCUAACUCUCAAGGCAUGUGCAGUUGGUGUCUUGGUGCAGUCAGCAAGCCCGCAGUUCCUGCCAGUGAAGAAGCAGGAGAAGUCAGGUCUCUUGCUUGCCCGGACGGAAGCAGGCUCACUUCUUCUGCCCAGCCUUGCACUUGCAGGGCUGCUCCAGCAGAAUGUUGCACAACAAGUGGCACCUGAAGGUGGUGCUGCCUGUCUUCUGGGUGUGCAAGAAGACAAUCAGCUUGUUGGCAGUGAUGUGGAAGUUCACAUGGUGCCGCAGGUUGGCUUCUAAGAAGUUCAGAUGUGGCAUGAAGCGCUGUGAGCUGUUGUCCUCUGCCUGGUAAGGGUCUCUUCCCAAGCCGGCUUGGCACACCAGCAGGGUGGACAGGGCAGCCUCAGCCAGGCAUUGCUGCAGCUGGCACUCAUCGCCCAGGCACAUGUCCUGCAGCACCAGCCCCUGAAAGGCAACAGCAGCACCAGCUCCCCAGUGCCAGCACUCCUCCAUGGCUGGGGCAGGCACAUUGCCACUGCCCAGUGGCCCCAGUCACCACCCGACCAGUGUCAUUGCUGUUGUUCUCCUUGCAACUGCCACCUCCGUGACAGUGUGCAUUGAAGAAGGACUCCCUCCACCUUUUUCUGCCCUGGAGCUAUAAUUUUGGCUCUUUCUUGCAUCAUUAGAGUUUGUUAUUCCGUCUUUAAUUUAUCCUUCCCUUCCCCAAGGUUCAGAGUCCUCUUUCUAAGCAGGUGUGGGUUCUCUUCCAAUUUGGCAGUGGAAGAUGCCAGAUAUCUUGCUUAGUGCAUGAGAGAUUCAAGCAAAAUAUAGUUGACCGUUGAGCAACUUUAAUGAACUUCCUGAUUGGCAAAGUAGAGAGUGUAUAAGGUCUAUCUGGUGGCUGGGGAGAAGAGGGUGUGACUUUAAGUAAGACCUCUCAAGUUAGGAGCAGGUGCAACCAAAUGGUUGAUUGGAGAGGACUCCGAUUCCUGGAAAAUAAGGCAACUCAGAUUCCUGGAAAAUAAGGUAACUUCUGGCCAAAGACAGGACCAGUAGAUGUGCAGCAGAGACACUUCUAUUUGUGGGUUAUUCUAAUGAGAAGCAUGGGGAUCUGUUCUGAGGCAUUCUGCACUAGAUAGUUGUAUGUGUUAGGAAACAGUUUUACUUCAUAAGAAAAACUUACCCUCUUGGUGGCAGAAUUUUUUAUUUUUAUUUUUGUAUUCCUAGUCCUUUAGGGCAGAUUUUCAAUCUUAAAUCUCAAAGUAAUUUUUUAUUUAUUUAGAUUUCAUUAGUUUCGACAUAUUCUGUUUUGGUUUAGGUUCAGUUGGGGUUUGGGGUUGUUGUUGUUUUGCUUUUGGGCAGUGAUUAUUGUUAACUACCAGGGUUAUUUGCUAAUAUGAGCUGAUUCACAUUUAUACAAUAUGAAGAAUAUGCUAACAAUAAGUAGAACAGCAAAACAUGGAGCAAAAAUGCGUGUUUCUAAAUAUGCAGUGAACAUAAGCUAAACAGUUGUGGCCACUUUCAGCUCCCUGGUGCAUGGCUACUAUAUUACUACAAACAUGCAUUUCUGCUUUAUACUUUACAACGUAUGCUGCUCCAAACCCUGGGCUUGUGUGUAGCACCCCUGCAAUGUAAAGUGUGAUUCAGCUCUUAACAGGUCAAGAUUAAAAUAAGGAACUUCCACAUUCAAUUGCCCUUGCCCCUGCUGUUAGUAUUGGAGCAGUCUUAGGGUAUUGAUCCUUUUCAGCAGUCCUUUGGAAGUAUAGCAAGCUGCUUCUCAUUUUCCUCGUUAGUAACUCAUGUGUCGCUCAAAAGCUAGUAUACUGUUCACUUUACCAAAAUAUCUUGUGAUGGAAUAUCUCACUACCGAUCUUAUAACACUGUGGAUCAGUGAGAUGGGCAGCUUACGUCCUGCAUCUGCCUGUUGGCUUAUGCCAUGUUAAGCAUACCAAGCUCACUCUUGUAAGUACAGUAUUUCAUCAUUUGCUUACGUAACUGCAUGAAGAGUACAUUCUAUGGAAGGCAAAGGAGUCCCUUCAAAGAUACUUCCCCCACUCGUUAAAAAACAGACCAAGAAAAAUCUGCAAAGGCAAAAUGCAUUUAACACCUAGCUAGUUUUUAAACCAGUCCACCCAGUCUAGUCAGCCUUUUUAAAUGUUAUACCCAAUUACAUUUAUUUACAUAAACAGAAAUGUGCAACUAGGGGAAAGGUAGAGAUGUCAAAAGCUUCCUAACAGCAACAACAGCGAAGGACAUUUGCUUUCAAUUGCCUUGUAUAAGGAGAGAGACUUACUUUUCUCAAUGACUUCAUAAAACAGUGAAGAAAAGGAGAUUGCCAUUCUUCCAAGAUUACAUGGUGGCAUUGUUUGUACAGCAUACUAAGCUAUGGUUUUGUCUGAACAUAUAGGCUCCAAGAGAGGAAAUUAUGGCCGUUUUGCUUGUCCCUGGUCAUCUUGUUGCUGUGUCGAGCUGAGACAUAGUUUGCCUUCAUGUGUCAUCUGAGCCUUUCCUUGUGGUUUAGCUUCCCCAGAAAAACCAUGAGCCAUAAACCAAAUGGCAAACCUUGGUUAUAGUUCAUGGUUAGUCUGGAGAGAGGGAAACCACGAGCCAGAUUCAGACAGCACAGUAAGCCAAACUAUAACUUAGCUCAGGACAGCGCAGAAACAAAACAAUCGGGGAGGAGGUAGCAAAGAAGCUACAAUCCAGGAGCUAACGUAUUUGGGCUACAGCAGUAUGGGAAAGCUCCUGAUUCCUGCUCCUUUGAUACUGCCUCUUGUCAUUUUCUGAAUUUCUUUGUCCAGUAGACCAUUGAGAUAAUAUCCAAGCUGUUUGCUUUAUCAGGGUCUCACGAGUCUUUUAAGUAAAGAAAAACACUAGGCAAUUCAGGCUUCUCUUCUGAGUCUAUAUGUGUCACCUUUGCAGACUGUUGUGUAUCUAUGCUCCUACCACAUUCUUUGUCAACUUCGUGUAUCUGUUAUUGAUUUUUGCCAAUGGAAACUCAUGGAGCAAACCAGUUACUCUUUUCUGGAAAUUCUUUCAUUUUGCUGCUUUGGGCUAUUUUUCCUCAGAUUUAUAAAGUAAUCAGAAAUGCUUGAAAAUUGUCAAAUGCUACAUCUUUGUUUUUGAGUUGAAUUCUGGGUUUGUUCGUUUGUUUGUUUGUUUGUUUCUUCUAUUCAGUUCCUAAAUAGUUCUCCAACUUUAGAUGGCUCUAUUUGAGCCAUUCAGACUGUGGUUAAUGUUUUCCUGUUUAUGGUACAAGUUGCAUCUGUUGGACAAGAAACUGUGUUUUUCUGUUUGUGUUCCUUAAAAUAUUAAGUUCUUUUUAGAAAGAAAAUCAUGAAGACGUGCAGAUGGUUACUGUUUUCAAAGUAUAGUAACAGGGCAGAUUUUUAAAUAAAAUAACCAGAUUUCUUAGAAACAGAACAGUAGCUAUGUAGGGGAUAUUUAUUCCAUGCCUGGUAAAUACUUGUAUGUUGCCCAUUUAGCUCGUUUUGUAUGCAGGUUUGCCACACUGUUUGUUUUCUGAACGGUAUCCAUGCAAAACUGAUGUAUCUUCCUAAAAGCAAGCAAGCAAGCAAAGAUUAUAUAUUUUGUGUGGCUUUUUCCCCCCACAGGAGGAGCAUGAAAAGGAAAGCGAUGUUCACAUGUCCUUUCAAUGGCGACUGCAAAAUCACCAAAGAUAACCGGCGACACUGUCAAGCCUGCCGGCUGAAGCGCUGCGUUGACAUAGGCAUGAUGAAAGAGUGUGAGUAAACAUGUAGCACGAUAGAAACAUUGCAAUAAUCCAAGAGUCUGAGAAUCCAGAUCACUUCCUCAAGUCACUUUGAUUCACUUAAAAACAUUUUGAAAAUUCCAUCCUCCAUGUUUGGUUCACUUUUUUAAAGGAGGAGGCGAAAGUUGGUUCCUUUACGGAGAUUUCCCCAAUAGUCGUAUUUUGUCAAUAUGUGGGUGUUCCCCUGCCUUAAAAAAAAUAAUUUAGAUACCUAAACUCCACUUAAUACAAAAGUUAAAGCAUGUGUAUACCUAGGCAAAAGAGGUGUGUGUGUUUGUAGUAUCUGAAAGGUAUUUGUGUCCCUUCACCUUUUCAGUGUCUGGCUAAGAAGAUUAUUAGGCAAGAGGGUAAGAGAGAGGAUCAUGCAGUCUUGUCAUGAUGGAAGUGUAGUAAAUCAUUGAUAGGCUGUUUAGAAUUUAGAAUUGUUUUAGGCCAUUUGCUAGCAAACUAGCAAAACUUGAAACAAGAAAACAUUUAUUGCCUAUACUUCUAUGAGUUCCCAUUAAGUCUGGGGCAGGGAGAGGUGGGGACAAAGUAAUUGGUGGCAGAUCUACCACUGGGUAUAGAUCAACAGAGUCUCUGUGCUGCUGUAACCAAACUUGUUCACUCACCUGGAAACUUUUAUAGGGGUUGGGGAGUAUCACAUUAAGAACUCUAGCAUAAUUCCCAUCUAGUCUUUUUCUAGGUCCUUCCUGCAGCCUAAUCUUCAGUGGUGGUGCAUAGUCUUAAAAUCCAUUGACAUCCUGGUGUGGGCUAGGUUUCUGGCAAAUGGCAUUACAGUGGUACCUCGGGUUACAUACACUUCAGGUUACAGACUCCGCUAACCCAGAAAUACUGUACUGUGUUAAAGAAACUGGCAAGAAAUUAUCAGUGUCUAAUAUAACAAUGGGGAACCUUGGGUGCUUCAGAUGUUGCUGGGCUAUAAUUCAUAUCAUCACUGGCCAUUGGCCAUGCUUGCCGGGAGUGAUGGGAGUUGUAGUUCAGCAACAUUUGGAGAGCCAAAGGUCCCCCACAUCAGCUCUACUAUGUAGAUCAGGGGUAGGCAAUGUAAUAUGCUACACAAGUAUUUGACUACCACUCUUUGAGAUUGGUUUGAGUUGUAGUAGGGUUGCCAUACGUCUGGAAUUUCCCGGACAUAGUCGGGAUUCGGUUGUCAAAAACAUCCCUAGUUGUUGUCCAUAACAUCUGAAUGACACCAUGUUGGGUACUCCUGAUGGAGAUUCUUGGCCCUUCUUGUGCUUUCUGGGCUUAGAACUGGCAGUAUCCUUGAUUUGAUUUGUAUUCUGUAUUGUAUUCAAUGUUUGUUAUGCUCAGAGUAGAUCCACUGGAAUUAAUGAACAUGACUAAUUUAGGCUUAUUAAUUUCAGUGAGUCUCCUCUGAUUUUAAUUUAGCAGGAGACAACAUUCUGUUUCCUUUCACCUUUGUAAGCAGCCAAAUCUUCCUUACUCAGCAGUCAUUUGAAACUGUAACACCAAGAUUUAUUUUGGACAUCAACUCCCUAGCACAUCAUUAUUAGUUAACUAACUGCAGAAACUAGUGAUUGGAAGGAGUCCAUGUAAUCUUGCCCAGUUUGUGUUCACUGUGGUCAGAUUAAUGUAGCAUUUCUUCCUUCUCUUCCAGAGAAAGUGCCCUCUUUACUUUGCUGGCAGUCAAAGUAGAUGUGCUAUUGUUUAACUAGAGCAAUAUAAUGUGUGAAAGUAUAAUUUUUAAAAUGGUAUUUUGAGCUGUUAGUUGCUGUGAUAAUAGAAGCACUUCCUUUCCUUAUGACUCAGACUGCUGCUUUACUGGAAUUUUUCCCCUUCUGAGGAAGCAUAACUCAUCCAGGGCUGUUCCAUUCUCCUCUUUCUAACUUAGGAGGGAUGACAAGUUUAUAGCAGCCAUUCUGUGUUAGUCUUUUAAAAAAAGUUUCUAGGAGGUGUGGACUACUAGUGCACACUUGCCACAGGUACGCAAAUAUUCACACACAUUCAGGCGCUGUUUCUUGUGUGCAUGCAUGCACAAGCCCACACACAUAUUCAUACAUCCCCUACCUUCUUUGCAGACACUCAAGCUGACACACAUACUUAUUUAGAUACACACUCCCACCCUGUGCUUUUUUCCUGGAGGUACGCGGGGGUACGCAAACUCCUAAGCAUUUUGGGAAUCUAAGUUUGGCCCCAUUGUGGGGCAGUAUUUCAAUAUGAGUAGGAAAAUGAGAGUACUCCUAAACAUUUUUUUUAGAAAAAAGCACUGCUCCCACCCACUACUCUGCCAAUCAGCAGAGCACACGGAAGAGACAGAAGGGAUUUUCUUUCCCAUCAAAACACUGUAAUGGAGUUGGAAGGGACCCCAAGGGUCAUUUAGUCCAACCCCCUUCAAUGCAGGAAUCUCAGUUAAAGCAUCUGAGACAUAUGGCCAUCCAAACUCUGCUUAAAAACCUCCUGUGAAAGAGAGUCCACAGCCUCUUGAGGGAGUCCAUUCCAUAGUCAAACAUCUCUUGGUAACAAAGUUUUCCUGAUGUUUAGUUGGACUCUCCUUUCUUGUAACUUGAAUCCAUUGGUUUGAGUCCUACGCUCCAGAGCAGGAAAAAAUGAGCUUGCUCCAUCUUCCAUGUGACAGCCCUUGAGAUAUUUGAAGAUGGCUAUCAUAUCUCUUCUCAGUCUCCUCUUUUCCAGGUUAAGCAUACCCAGCUCUUCCUACCGUUCCUCAUAUGGCUUGGUUUCAAGACCCUUGACCAUCUUGGUUGCCCUCUUCUGCACAUGUUGUAGCUUGUCAAUAAAUUGUGGCGCCCAGUUAGAUGACUGUACUUAGAUUACUGCAACUUGUUAUACUUGGGACUGCCUCUGAGGACAGUUUAGAACCUUCAGCUUGUGCAGAAUUCAGUGGCCAGGGUGCUCACCAGGACAAGACGGUUUGAGUAUAUAAGACCAAUCCUGGCUUGACUGCACUGGCUGCCAGUUAGUUUCCAGGCUCAAUUCAAAGUGCAGGUUUUGACCUAUAAAGCCUUAAAUGGCACAAGACCGCAAUAUCUCAAGGACCACCUCUCCGCGUAUGAACCUACCCAGACCCUGCAAUCAUCUUCACGUACCUUCUCCGUGAGAGGUCUGGAGGGCAACAACCCAAGAACGGGCCUUUUCUGCAGUGGCUCCCCACUUGUGGAAUGCUUUCUCCAGAGAGGUGCGCCUAGCGCCUUUGUUACAUAUCUUUAUGCGCUGGACAAAAUCAGUCCUCUUCUCCCAGGCCUUACCUGGGAGAAUUACCGUAUUUUUCGCUUCAUAAGACGCACCUGACCAUAAGACGCACCUAGUUUUUAGAAGGGGAAUUCAAGGAAAAACAUAUUCUUUAAAGGGAGCGCUGAGCAGAGCCUGUAUGCAUCCCAGGCACUGCUCAGCGCUCCCUUUAAAGAGCCGCGUGGAGCGUGUUUGCGGCUCUUGGGGGCUUUUCCCCGAGGAGGGAGAAGGAACUUACGGGCUGCCCUUCUCCCUCCUCGGGGAAAAGCCCCCAAGAGCUGCACACACGCUCCACGCGGCUCUUUAAAGGGAGUGCUGAGCAGAGCCUCCCGCCUGCAUUCGCUCCAUGAGAAGCACAAACAUCUCUUUUUAGGAGGGAAAAGGUGCGUCUUAUGGAGCGAAAAAUACGGUGAACAGUCUAUGACCCUUUAAACCAGGGGUAGGCAACCUAAGGCCCGUGGGCUGGAUGCAGCCCAAUCGCCUUUUUAAUCCAGCCUGUGGAUGGUUCGGGAAUCAGUGUAUUUUUACAUGAGUAGAAUGUGUCCUUUUAUUUAAAAUGCAUCUCUGGAUUAUUUGUGGGGCCUGCCUGGUGUUUUUACAUGAGUAGAAUGUGUGCUUUUAUUUAAAUUGCAUCUCUAGGUUAUUUGUGGGGCAUAGGAAUUCGUCAUCCCCCCCCCCUCAAAAUAUAGUCCGGCCCACCACAUGGUCUGAGGGACGGUGGACCCGGCCCACGGCUGAAAAAGGUUGCUGACCCCUGCUUUAAACGGUUGUGGGGCAUUGUUUUCGUUGUUUAUCGUGCUGUAUAUUUUUGUGUUUCUACAGUGGUACCUCAGGUUACAUAUGCUUCAGAGUUACAGACAGUGGUACCUCGGGUUACAUACACUUCAGGUUACAGACUCCGCUAACCCAGAAAUAGUGCUUCAGGUUAAGAACUUUGCUUCAGGAUAAGAACAGAAAUCGUGUUCUGGCGGCGCGGCGGCAGCAGGAGGCCCCAUUAGCUACAGUGGUGCUUCAGGUUAAGAACAGUUUCAGGUUAAGAACGGACCUCCGGAACAAAUUAAGUACUUAACCCGAGGUGCCACUGUAUAUUGUAAGCUACCCUGUAUUGUAAUCAAACAAACAAUCUCAAUAGCAAGAGACCAUUCUCCUGUAACAGUGUUUCCCGCUAACCCACCCACCCAAAUGCUACUCAUUAGACAGGUAGCAUUUAAAUGGAGUCGAUGCCUUUGUGCCUCCUUGGAAUAAUUGUGCAUAUCAAGCCCUGAAGAGAGCUGAGGACUUUGAUUCCUCCAGUCCUCCAGUGGAACUGCACUUACUUUGCCUAGUUCGUGAAUUUGGCAAGGCUACCAUUAAACCUCAGUAGUGGCAUGGGGUGUCCCUCUACCCUCUUCCCCACCUUUGGAUAUUGUUUUACAUAUUACAUUGAACGUAACCGAAAGACUUUGUAAUACGAUCAAGAAAAAAAGUGAAAGGCAUUGCACGUUCUUUGUAGUUCAUGAAAAUCUUCAAUGAAAAUUAUUUCAAUAAAUAAAUAAAUAAAUUAUUCUUUUAGUGAAAUAGUUACAUGAUUAAGGAAACCUUAACUGACUCCAGCUAAAAAUAGCCUUUCCCGGCUGUCCGCUAGUUAAAUGAAUGGGAACAGAAUGUGCUUCAAAGAGCUCUAGGCCAAAUUACUAAAAGGGUCGUGCUCUCUGUUAGGGUGCUAACUAGCUAGGGUUGUGUUUUUUUUCCUGGAAGCAGCUGUUGCAAUCCAUACUACAUCCUGGAUUUAGCAUUCCACUUCUGUGAACUAAGGGUUGUAUCCAACAAACUCAUCCCAUCAUCCAAGAGCCUUCCACGAGCACUAACGUAGCGCUAAUUCUUUUCAAGGCUGGCAGUUCUCAAAACAUCCUAAUUAAAUAGUAAACAAGAGUGACUUUGUUAAUCUGCCACUAUCGUUGGCCUUGCUUGUUUUGACAGCAGCCUGUCCACUGUGAGUUUGUGCCUGAGUGCUCCCUCAGCUUCAGCCAGAAAAGUUUGGGCCUUGAAGGGUUCACCUAAUUACAUUCCUUUGCACAGGCACCUUGACCACCCGAAUCCCACACAUAGAUCAACCUUAUGUUGUAGCAAGGGAUGGAAGAGAUUUGGAUUUACUGUACUGUACUGUACUGGAACAUGCAAGACUAGACAAAGGAAAAGUCUGCCAAUGGGAAAUAUUUUGAGUCAGCAGCAGGACAUAAAGUCUUUUUCAAGGACAUGAUAGAUAACAGAAAAAAGUCUACUUAGGAUGAAGACAGGAGCUCUUGAACAAGUUGACAGGUACUGGACAAGUCAUGCUACAGGAGGUUUACAAAAGAGGUGCAAAGAAGCUUUGCCUUAUGAGGAAUGGUUGAAGGAGCCUGGAAAAGAGGAGACUGAGAGGAGAUAUGAUAGCCAUCUUCAAAUAUAACAAGGGCUGUGACAUGGAAGAGGGAACAAGCUUAUUUUUCCCCCUGCUCGGGACGGUAGGACUUGAACUAAUGGAUUCGAGUUACAAGAAAGGAUAGUCCUACUAAACAUCCGGAAAAACUUUCUGACAGUAAGAGCUGUUUGACAGUGGAAUGGUCUCCCUCAGGAGGUUGUGGACUCUUUCACAGGAGGUCUUGCCUUGCCAAGACCUUGCACUCUGGGAAGGUCACUUCAGUGCUGCUAAUGCACUGGUUUUACUUCACCCCUGGAGGCAUACUCCAUUGUCUUUUGAGACAUAUGGAUAUCAACAAGGGCAGGACCUGGGCUGAGUAUGAAGUGUGUGUGUGUGUGUGUGUGUGUGUGUGUGUGUGUGAGACAAGUUACUUCAAUUUGUCUAUAAUGUGAAGUAAAAACAACCUUGGGUUUUCAUGUUAAUUUUGAUCUGCAUCCCCUCACUGACUAAUAGCAUUAUGCUAAUUCAACAAAAAAAUGAAUAUAUGAUGCAUCUUUCUGGUAAUGUGUGACUGGAUAUGGAAUCAAUUUUUGACUUGUGUUUGAUUUUAAGGAGAAACACAGGUGAUUUUGUGUAAUUCUGACGAUGUAUUUUAUCAUGUAAGUCUCAUGUCUGAAAAUUGAGAUGCAGUGGGGCGGGGAGGGGAAGAGUGUGAAAACACUGGAAAGUAUGAAAGGGAAUAAAUCCUAUGAUAGCAUGAUGGUGAAAGAGCUGACAGAAUAUAUGGCUGCAGGAACAACCUGGUGUUAAUGGGAAAGAGCAUAAAGGUGAUAAAGCCUAUGUAAAGGAUGAGCCUGUUUACUUAGGAAUGUAGAGCAGUGAAAACCCCAUAUAAAAUAGGCAGUAAGGUAAAGGUAAAGGGACCCCUGACCAUUAGGUCCAGUCGUGGCCGACUCUGGGGUUCCGGUGUUCAUCUCGCUUUACUGGCCGAGGGAGCCGGCGUACAGCUUCCGGGUCAUGUGGCCAGCAUGACUAAGCCGCUUCUGGCAGACCAGAAACGCAGCACACGGAAACACCGUUUACCUUCCCGCUGGAGUGGUACCUAUUUAUCUACUUGCACUUUGACGUGCUUUUGAACUGCUAGGUUGGCAGGAGCAGGGACCGAGCAAUGGGAGCUCACCCCUUCGUGGGGAUUCGAACCGCCGACCUUCUGAUUGGCAAGUUUAACCCACAGCGCCACCUGCGUCCCAACAGGCAGUACCAGCAUGCAAAGCUGCCUGCUUUGCGCACUGUUAAAUGAAAACCUUCACAGGGGAGAUUCGUGUGGAACAUAGUCUUAUAAAUGCAUUCAGUGUAUUUGGCUCCCCCACUCCAUCUUUACAUAAAUGAGGUAUAGGCAAACUCGGCCCUCCAGAUGUUUUGGGACUACAACUCCCAUCAUCCCUGACCACUGGUCCUAUUAGCUAGGGAUGAUGGGAGUUGUAGUCCCAAAACAUAUGGAGGGCCGAGUUUGCCUAUGCCUGACAUAAAUAAAUGGCAGGCCCAUAUAAAAACAUAUAGUGUGUUUCCGGGGGGGGGGCGCUUGGGUGAGGAGUGUUUAUAUGUCUACUUUGAAACAUUUUAACUAAGGGGUACAAAUGUAAAAUAUGAAAGAAAAGACAACAGUGCUGUAUGAAUUAAGAAAAUCUCUCUGUAAUCUAAACCUAUUCCAGAUUGCAUUAUCUAUGUUUACCAAUAUAAAACACAAUACGCCAUCACUGUCAUGGUGUUGUGCAAAAGCAAAUAAAAUUCUAAAUGGUGGUUACAGAGAAAAGCUGUAAUAACAUAGUGUUUGUUAUAUUUAGGGCUGUAUUUCGUGUUUGGCUUGCCAACAGUAUAGGGAGGCAAAAAGGCAACGCCUCAAAAUGCUGCAAAGAUGUAGGAAAUCAGAUAUAAGAUUAAACUUCUGAUAAGAAAUACGAAGUUUCCUAUAUCUUGGUAUCAUUUUGAGGCUUUGUUUCUGAUUUUUGUCACGUUGAGGUCUGAUGUUGCCCACUUUUUUCCAGCUUAACAAUCCAGAAAACCAUAGGUGUUUCAAGCCAUAAUACUUUUUCCCUCCUAAAUUUCAAACAUUUGACUUUACGUUUUAUUUUCCCAUCUACUUGUGUUGGACUUCCAGGGUGAGGUCCAAAGAGCUGUGUACAGAACACUCCAUUGCACUGGGACUUUUUGAGGGUGUGGGGGCAAGGGCACAGACCCAAAGUCACUCUUGGAAGUUGAGGGAACUUUUAGAGGACCAUUUGAUAUAUUAUGGGAUGCUGCAGUUGGAAAGGGAAGCUGGCUGAGGAAUAACCUGCAAUGAAUAAAGAAAGGAAGAAUAGCCUGCAGCUAUGGAUGUGCAGUAGAGUUUUCUGUUUGCACACAGGCUGCUUUGGCCUCAUUGUUUUAUUUAUAGGGACAAUUGCUGUGUUAAUGAUACCUGUGCCCAUCACUCAUACCUGCAUAGCUCUGCGUGACUUAAGACUCCACCACCUCUGAAGGUAGCAUGUGUAAACAUUAGUUGUAGGAAUUUUGUGUAUGUUGAUAAUGAUCCUAAUGUGAAGAGAAACCAGGUUCCCAUGACUGCUAUAUAAAUCUGAUUUAAAUCAGCCAAGGCCACUCCAACAGAAAAACAUCUGUGGCCCUAGCAAUUUCUGAGAUGCAACGUUUAUCUUAACCUUUUAAGAGCCAGAACUUGAGCAUAUAAGAGAUUUGCUAUGUUUGGUAAAAUUCCACACUUCUGCUAAUUCAAACCAUUCCUAUGUUCUAGUUUGGUGCUUACAGUUCGUUGUUUGAGUUCUGUAUGAAGCCCCCAUGGGGGAGACGAAGAGGUUAGGGACAUCUUAAGUUCUGGCAUUAAAAAUAAAAUUACCUAAACACGAAACACUGUUAGCACUUUUGUAGGUUGCAUUUAAGAAAAUGGAGUAAGACAGUUGCUUCACUGUUUACAUGUAUACUUGUAUACCCUAUUUCUGCUCUCUCGACAAAGGAUGAAUGAGGUUAUAUGGGAGUAUCCCAAACCAGUGAUCUGGUCUGUGUGUUUAUAGUUCUAAUUUAUAGUUUAAUGUAUAAUUUUGAUGUUCUUUGAGAGUUCUUCCUACCUCCUAACAAAUGCUGAGAUGAGUUUUAUUGAAGGACUGUUUGUUGCAAGCAACUAAAGAUGUGGCAAUGAGAGAUUUUCUCAUGAACAAACAGUGCAGCAGCAGCAGCCACAGUACGUGUGACUCUGUAAAGAAUGUAUGUGCCAUUCAUUGCAAUUCCUAUGUCGAUGAGAACAACAAAUUAUGGCUUAGUUAAACUGGAGUCAAUGACUGAUGAAACAAACACAGUAAGUCAGUAUUUUGGGGGCUUGGACCCAAAGGUUUUACUCUGAACAGAACACGUUUCCAUUCACGGUCACAGAGUGAAACACUUGCGACCAGAUCGUUACCUUUUUCAAGCCAUGCUGUGCCUGUUUUCGCUGCCCAAAUUUAGAGGCAUGCUGGGGGGGUAAAAAAUCAGUUUCCAGGAUACUUGGGGAAAACUCACGUGCGUUAAAUGCAUGCAGCCUAAAAGCCCUUUGUAACAGUGCCAGGAAUGCUACUGUCAACUUUCUCAGUGUGCCAUUUUUCAAUUUGGCUGAAAAGCAAGUAGAAGAAAGUCAUAUGCUGUAACUGGUUGGAAAAGGAACAAGGCAUGGAAGUAGUACUUUCUGCAGUUUCUGUCUGCCAUUGCUCAGUCUAAGGGAGGUUUACACUGGGCUACUGGCAACGCUUUGAAACUGCGGUUUCAAAAUGCGGAUGCCUUUAGCUCAGUGAUGAGAAGAUCUGCUUUGCAUGCGCAAGGUCCCAGGUUCAAUGCCCGGUAUCUCUAGGUAAGACUGGGAGAGAAACCGUCCUGAAACACUGAGAGCCAAUGCCAGUCAAUGCCAGCAGUGCAGAGGUAGAUCUAUUGCAAUCUAUUUCUUCUGACUGAGCUACCUUAUGAAGCUGUGUGCUGGGGUCAGAUUAGGACUAGGUAAUUAAGGGAUCAUUUUAUUCCUAGUUGUAUAUGGAAUAUGGGGUGGGGGUGGUCAGGGAGCCCAAAGUACAUACAGUCCGGUAGCAACAUUGUAAAUGGCCCUAUCAUGCAGACCAGGAUCUGAGGAAAGAUGAUUCACCUGUUUAUAAAUUUGCCUGGGUUAGCAUACUGAAACUUCCUUUAAUAUACAAUUCCACUGGCUUCUCCGUUAAUGGUGAAUCACUUGGGUACCCAUGGUGGUUUUCAUUAUUUUUUGUGGCCAUUUAUUAAUUGUUAUGCAUUGUUUGAUUCAGAACUACAAAAAAAACUAAUUGCAUUCCUUCCUUCUGAAAUAUAUGAUGUGGCAUGUCUCCAUCAGUAUUCAGUUCAAGCAAGGACAUCUCCACCCUUCUGCUUAUAGGAAAAGUGACCUUCUAUUCAUUGUGCUCUCUAGAAAAAUGUGCCGUGCUCUGAAAGAACAGUGUAUUAAGUCUUCUGCAUGAUAAAAAAAUCUUAGAGCAGUUGCAAUUAUUACCCUCUCCAGAAUCUAGGGGCCAUAGGACUCAUGUGAGUAUAUUUUAUUGUAAAAUAUAGCCUGCAGCCUGCAAUCCUGUGGUUUGAGUGAACUAUAUAGAUUAUAUUUUCAAGCACAGCUUGAAAAACCUUCUGGGAGUUAGUUUUACAAAAAUACAUUAUAAUUGUAAUGGUUCUUUCAAUUGCUAUUGUUUGUGUGUUUUUGUUUUUUAAAAAAAGAGAGUGGAUCUCUUUCCUGGUCCACUUCAUAACAUUGAAUGAAAUAGGCUCUUGUCUUUUGAAGAUCAAACUGCAGUAAAGUAGCUAAACCUGAAAAAGUGCUGCAAUACUCUUUUUAGUCACAAUUCUACACCCUCUAUAUGUAGGGGAAAGCUCUGGAUCAGCUGCCAUCACUCCUGUUUAAGGCUGCAUACACACCAUAAAUUUACAGCAUCCCCAAUGAAUCCUGGGAAUUGUAGGUUGUUAAGGGUGCUGAGAAUUGUAGCGCUGUGAGCGGCAAGCCACAUUUACCAAAAUUUUGUGGGGGGGGAGCCAUGUGUUUCAAAUAUAUGGUAUGUACACAGCCUAAGUUGCUUUUUCUUACAUGCACGUAAACCACAUUUGAUUAUUACAUUUCACAUUUGUAGAGAUUUUUGUUAGAUUUUAGCAAGCAGUUUGUCUUAUCUUGAAGAUGCUCGACUUUAUCAUAAAUAUCAGAUGGUGCAGGGUGGAAGCAUUGCUCAAAAUCAUUACUCAUGAAAGCAUCUUAGAUUAGACAUGAUACACAAAAUAGGAAGAUAUUGUGGUAAGUUGUAUCUCUCUUUUCUCCGUUGCCUGAUGUUGUAUGAAUCACAUGUAUUUUCUGGAAUGUUCACAGAUUUGCAUUCUGAGCAGAAGCAAAAAUUGACACUAUGCCAGUCUAACGCGAAGGUGAUUUCUGUUUUCCCAAUGAAACAAACUCCCCUCUCCUUCCCCACAGACUGCUCUGGGGCUUCUCAGCCUCCAGAGUGAAUUUGGGGGAGAGGCAGAGGGGAAGGAAAUCCAUGUUGCCCUAGUGGGGAAUCAGACUGAUUACCUGGACUUGAACACAUUUAUGCCUUUUUGCUCUACAGCCAUGCAUUGCAUGCAAGCAUACAUCAGCAACAGGCUUGGUAGCCCUCAUGUCUGCUGUUGAGCUGGUUGGAAAGUAGUGAUAUAGUAUGGACUAGCACCAGUGUUGGGUGCUAGGAAUCCAAAUGAAUAAUUUGAAUAAUUUUACUAUCUCCAUUAUCUGAAGAUAUGCUACAACAUCAUUUAAUCUUUCAUAACAUAUUGGUUGCAUGGGAAGCUACAGUGAUUCAUUUCCUACGUUCUUAGUACACAAGCUGUUGCAAUAGGCUUUCCAACCCUGUUCAAAAUACUUAUAUUUAUUUAAAGGUUUUCUUCAGAAACGUUUCCCAAAACAAAUCUUCCCCACCCCCAGCUUUCCUCUUUUAAGAAUCUUUAAAUAUUUUGCAUCACAGAAGGAAAUAAAAACCUUUGCUCUUGAAGGCAGUGUGUUAAAAAGAAAGAAUAUGAGCUUGUCAUUAAAAGAAAAAGGUUUGUUUUCUUAAAAAGUGUCUUUGAGUCACUUUGGAAACAGAUGGCCAGAACUACUUCUAAACAACCUAAUUUGGAGAUCAAACCUCCAAUGUACCUCAAGAGGAGGAGAAGUGUUUUUUUCGGAUGGUAGAUCAUGAUUCUUGUGACUGGUUAAAGAAGUGUCAAGAUGUUUUAGUGCAGAAUUACCCAAACUUGGGUGUCCAGCUGUUUGUGGACUACAACUCCCCUCAUCCCUAGUUAACAGGACCAGUGGUCAGGGAUGAUGGGGAUUAUUGUCCAAAAAGAGCUGGACACCCAAGUUUGGGGCCCCCUGCUUUAGUGCAUGGGUAGCCAAUGUGGUACCCUCCAGAUGUUGCUAAACUACAAUUCCCAGUCAUCCUUGACCAUUGUCUGGAGGGCACCACCUUGCCUACCCUUGUUUUACAGCAUUUGUCUGCUGGAUAGUGCAAGCCAUUAGGAAAUAAAUAAGAUUAAGUGUUUCUCAGUGAGAGAUUUGACUGGGAUUUUCAGUAGAUAUCAUUGAUUGGCCUUGCAAAACGCUUUCUACAAAAGAUACAGCAUGUGGUGGUCUUAAUGAGGCAGUCAUUGCUUCACUGUUUUGUAAGAAGAGGAAAAAACUGGCUGGGUUCCGGAAGGAGAUUAAAAUGUGGAGCGUGAAUUUGUCAGCAUGCCUACUUUGGCUGAAGCAAAGUGCGGAAACUCCUUUGCUCUUCAGUCUCAUGCAAGUGCGAAUAUUGAAAGCAGGUGUUUUUGUUUCAUCCCGGGAAUAGAAUUAAAGUUAAUCCAUUUGUGACAGGUGCUGUAAAGAACCUUUCCCCCUCAAUUGUAAGCAUUUAAACAAAGAUUAUCCGUGCCAAGUGUAGUGGUAAAGAGGCUGCUAAUCGCUUCCUAGAAGACAUUAAGAGUCUCCAAAACAAACAUCGCCUCUCUGUUAACAAGUUGACCGAGUUCGUCAUAAGGAGUAUAUGAGGCAACCUGUACAAUCCAAUCCCCAUAGCCUUCCAGAAGAAAGUUUGCAAUCGUGCCAGCCUAGUGCAUUAAAAAACAAACAAACUGUUUUGACUUUAAAGCCAGAUUUUAAACACACACAUAUGAACACCACUCCCAUUCGGCUCAAUCCAUGAAUGCUUACGUUCUUUGCCUGUCCCCCUGCUGCUUCCCCCUCAGUCUCCCAGCCCCCACAACAUUUGCUAUGUAUGCCCAGGGGUGUUUAUUUUACACCUAAUUCAUCAGUGCUCAGCCAUCCAAAUGUGCAGUGCACACCUUUGCAACAACUGCAUGUUGAAUAGAGGUGGUGCCUGAAUUUGUGCAGGGGGCAGGGGCUAUACCAUUAGGGUUAUGUCUGUAAAGAACUGAAAAUGUAUUCCUUCCAAAACGGCACCCACUUAGGCGAGAGAGCCUGUGGCAAACAUAAUUCCCUGGACCAAGCAUAGCCAAUGUGAUGUUACCCAGAUGUUGUGGACUACAUCUUACAUCAGCUGCAGGCAGCAUGGCCAGUGAGUUGGGUGUUUGUGAUAGCUACUUAGGGUCCUUAGGUUCUAACACCAACACUCUUUGUCCUGGCAGUUUUGGCAUGGGUUGACUUUAUAUUUGCCUGAUCCUUUCUAAAGAGUAAAAUCUGGAUUAAAUAGCUUCCAUUCAAGACAGCCAAACCGAGAGUAUUCCCACUGGAAGCUCUGUUACCCAGUGAGAGUUUUCCUACUCUGAGCACUCUGGUUAUUUAUUUAAUUUAUAGAGGCCUGAAGGGGUGUGCUUAUUUUCCAUUAAGCUAAAGGAGCUGGGGUGGGAAGGGGGGUGUUGCCUAUUGCUUUAUUUGGGUUUAUUUUGAGGAUAAGCAUAAAAAAUGCUUACACAGUUAUAUAACUCACAACUUAAUUACCUCCCCAAAUGAAUGUUGGUACUCUAGCCACCUCAUAGCCUUGAAACACACAGCUGGACACCACCUUGAUCUUUUCGUUCAUUUUCAGGCAUGCAUAGAGUUGUGCAACUUUUGUAUUGGAAAAACACUAGCGGCUAAUUAACCCUCAGCUGUAAGUACCUGCAGGCUGCAUAGCAGAGCAACUUGCUUUUUCAUCACGCAUGUAUGCUGCUACAGCACAUGACCUAGGUGCUUUUAUUUUUCCUUGCCAGACCUCUCAUUCCAAACCCCACCUUAACCGUAAAAUGUUCCUUCUGCCCAGUGUCUGCAAAAACAACAUCCCAGUCCUAUGAUGAAUGCUUUCUUGUGAAUUGUUACUCACUUUUUUUUUUAAGGUUGCUAGUGUCUUAGUAAAAACCAACGUUAUUGUUGGCUGCAAGUUCUUUUACUAGUGUGCUGCUGAGUUGUAGUUGCAUUAAAAGGGUCUUUCAAUGCUUGACUGUAGCUUUUAGUGCACAAAUGGUAGAAGAAAAAUCCUACACUGAAUGUAAAAAUGCAAAUCUCACAUGUACGAAUUUGGUGUUGGCACACAUUAGCAACCGACAUGCGAUGAUGGUGCUAGUUUGGCAGAAACCUGCGUCAAAUGAGAAUCUUUUCUUGGGCUUGUAUUAUUACAUUACACAGAGAGGGUCUUGUCUCAGUGAGCCAUAGCCAAAAGGGCAAACUAUUAAAGCAGGGCAGAUUCAUUGACCAUUUAAACAGUGUAUACAUAAAGACCACAGUGUAAACUAGCUGACUCCUGACAAUAUAGCUGCCCUGUAAAUGUGACAGGCACGUUGUCCCAGCCUGCACUGCCUAGUUUAAGCAUGUUUCUAAGAAAUGCCAAGCCCAAAGUCUCAACUUGUGAGAGUGUUCAUGGGACCGCUUAACUCACAGAAGGCUUGCCGGGUAAAAAUAGGUGCUGUGAACUGAUCCCAAGGCAAACUCUUCUUCUUGUUGAACUCUGAAACUCAACUUUACCUUUGAUUUAAUCUAUGCAUUCUGUUCCAUUACUGAAUACAGCAAACAUAAUAAUAACUUGUAAUUUUCUUAUUUGUACCCCACCCAUCUGGCUGGGUUGCCCCAACCAUUCUGUAUGCUGCACCUCUUUCAGAUUUUACUAUCCUUAUCCAAUCUGCCUGCUUUCAGAAUUGAGGCCAAAAACAGUUUCCUUGUUCAUUGUUAGAUUUACUGAAACUAAUUAAGAGGUUUUUUAUAUCUGGGAAUCUCAGUAAUAGAAUCAUAAAGUUGAAUGCAAUAUAGAGCAAUAAUAAGUUUUAUUACUGUGGUUUUAGAUUAGCGCCUAGAUACCAGCCUUGUUUCAGCUGCAAUUAUUGGAUGGCCUUGAGUGAAUUGCCCCAGCUUCAGAUUCCUAAAUCUGGGCUCUUAUAAAAAUAAUAAUGAACAAACUAGUUUGCAGCCUGGAUGUGCAUUCUUACACCUUAUCUAAGAGCUGCUGUAUCAUAAUACCUAUACAUACUGCACAGAUUUGCACAUAUACUUUAUUAUUUCUUUUAGAUGUCUCUCCUACUUUCUUUAUAUAUAUAUAUAUAAAUAGCUUGUUGACUAUAUGGCAUUUAGUUUAAUGGGGUUGGAAGAUUCAGUAACCACAUGUUUUCUGGUUGUAAAUAUGCAUCAGGGUGUGGCAUUGAUUUCCUAGGAAACUGCAGUUUGUGAUCUUUUUCCUGUAGAAAUAUUUCUACAUGCACGUGACUAGUAUUGUGCAAAUUUCCCAGAAGUCAUGCAUGUGAUUCAGAGAAAAGGGAAUAAUAUGUCUCUGGUAAACAGCUUGCUGAGAAUUUGGUCACCCUCCUAGUUCCCUUUGAAAUAAAAUGCCUGUGCUUUCUAAACAAGGAGCUGAGACUGAUCUUUCACAUACUUCCCUUUCUCUUAAAUAGAUACUAUUUUGAGUAAUGCAUGAGGUAUGUUAAUCACAAAUCUGGCUGUAUUAUUAUUUUUUAUGGAGCAAUAAACCAUUAUGUGAAAUCAGACGAGAUUGAAGAAUAAGUGUUAUGCAACAUAGAGUAAUAUACUUUGCAGCUUGUGCCAGCCAUCAGCAUUUUCCAGCAUAACUGUUAAAUAUAUACAGUGGUACCUGGGGUUAAGUACUUAAUUCAUUCCAGAGGUCCGUACUUAACCUGAAAUUGUUCUUAACCUGAAGCACCACUUUAGCUAAUGGGGCCUCCUGCUGCCGCUGCACGAUUUCUGUUCUCAUCCUGAAGCAAAGUUCUUAACCUGAAGCACUAUUUCUGGGUUAGUGGAGUCUGUAACCUGAAGCGUAUGUAACCCAAGAUACCACUGUAUAUAUCUGAGACAUAUUGUCUGGGCUUAUCCUGAUUUUGUGGUGGGAGGGGUGGAGGAAGGAAAAGAACCACCCUCAUGUAACCCAAUGGCUCAGAAUCCUCUUCCUUCCCCUGCCCACUCAGCCCCAGUUCUCAGAUUUUAAAGGUUUGGCCUCAGGUGUUGCUAUCAGAAUAUAACCACAACUUAAUCAAAAAUGUAUCAGCAACAGUUUUGAAAUUGAUCAGAAGUAGGCAUUCCUGGAGUGGCCAUGAUGUGUAUACCCAUCUCAACUGUGUUUCUUUGGUUGCUGGAAUCCUAGCAGCAUUGAGACCGUUGUUAUAGCAAGUUAUGUGUGCUGGCCUCUUGCAAACCAUAACAGGUUCUGCUCCAGCUGCAACCGCAGGAUGGAUCCCAGCCUGACAUUCUUCUUCAACAACUCAUACCUGCACGCUAGCUAAGAAGAUAAAAAGACUCUAAGAGCCCUGCAAUUCUAGUGUACACACACAGAGUGGCUUGAGCUGCAAAACUCAGUUUGGUGUCCUUUCAUGCCUGCACAUGAUGCAUUGCAGGCUGACCCUUGUAACACUUUUAGCGUGCAGGGGGCUUCCUAAUCUCUGUCUCAUUAAUCCUCGCAUCUGGGUUAUAGGUCAUUUUUUCCAGUUUCCAAGCACAGAAACUUGAUUGCUCAAGGCUACCAAUAGCUGAGGAGAGAGAUAUGAGCUCCAAUUUCCCAGGUUCUAAGUCCAACUUUCUUUCCAGUGUGGGCAUCUGCCACGCUGUCAUUUUGUCUCAGAGAAUCUUUUUGAAAUAAUUUAAGUCCACCAUUUUCUAAUUAGGGGUUGCCAACAUGGCACCUGUGGGGGCCAGUAUGCCCACCAGUAUCUCCUAUUCUUCCCAUGAAAAAUCAGUAAAUAUCUUUUCUACAAUGCGCAGUGUGCAAGAAUCUGAGGAGAGCCAGUGUGGUGUAGUGGUUAAGAGCGGUAGUCACGUAAUCUGGGGAACCGGGUUUGCGUCUCCGCUCCUCCACAUGCUGCUGCUGGGUGACGUUGGGCCAGUCACACUUCUCUGAAGUCUCUCAGCCCCACUCACCUCACAGAGUGUUUGUUGUGGGGGAGGAAGGGAAAGGAGAUUGUUAGCCGCGGAUAGCUGCCUGAAGCCCGGGGAGCGCAGCAGGAGUUGGCACUGUGCUCCCCAGGCUGCAGGCUGCUAUCUGCAAACCUUUGGAGCCUGGCAGGAACUCCCACCGCGCUCAGAAGGCUUGUGGAUAGCUGCCUGAAGCCUGGAGAGUGAGAGGGGUCAGUGCGCACCGACCCCUCUCACUCUCCAGGCUUCAGCGAAAGCCUGCAUUCGCUCCAUAGGACGCACACACAUUUCCCCUUCCCAUUUUGGGAGGGGGAAAAGUGCGUCCUAUAGAGCGAAAAAUACAGUAAUUCCUCAGAACAUGUAUGCAAUCAUUGAAACAACCAGAGCUAAUUAACCCAUCUGAUUUGAAGAGCAGACAAGACACACCUGCCCACUUUAUGUACAAAAUAAUGUGUGGUGUAGUCACUCUGCAUGCAAGUCCAUUUUCUUGCAGUCCUUCAAAUCUUACUCUGCAGAACAUGCACAGGGUAUUUCCCAUCUUGUAUUUAAAAAGCAGCAUAUUGUGGAAUUCUGCUGAAAUUUGUGUAUUUUUGCACACUAAAGCACUUCACGUUCCUGCAUCUUCUUCUCCAUAACAGUCACACCAGUCUGCUUGGAGUUAACUUUGAUUCUACUGAAUUGUUUGGUCACCACCUCUUGUCUCUCUUUGCUGAAAAUAUGCCCGAUAGCCUAUUAAUGUCACACACACAACUUGUGUGAACAUCUGUAGCAGCCCCUCUUUACUCAACAGUAGUUGCCUUCCCGCCAGCACUAAUUUACAUGCACGGUAACUGCAAGGUCUACACAGGCUGCAAAACUUUGGUUUUUCUGAUAGCGUUCUGACACAAGAGGCCACGUUGUCCUCUGAAAUGACCUCUUCCUAUCGUGAAAUGCUCAAGAUGUUGGUAUUGGUAGCCCUAAUGCCACAAUACUCAGCGAUGGAAAUAUAUCCACAACCAUUCAGUUGCUUGAUGUUCAAGGAGUUGCGCUGCACUGUUCCACUAGUUAUUUACAGCUGUAUACAUGGAAAAUGCAUUGCCCAUUUUGGAGUGUGCAUCAUUGUACAAGGGAAAGAAAUGCUGUUGGCUUUCUGUUUCCUUGACAUCUGUGAGAUGCAUAUGAACAUAAGAAGAGCUUGCUGGAUCAUUCCAGUGGCCCAUCUAGCUCAGUUUCCUGUUCUCACAGUGGCGAUCAGAUGCAGUCAUGGGUAUGAGUCUUGACUGGGCCAUGUGCACUUAAUAAUAAUAAUAAUUUUUAUUUAUACCCUGCCCUCCCCAGCCAAAGCCGGGCUCAGGACGGCUAACAAGCAAUAAUAAAAACAAGUUGAAUGAAUACAAAUUAAAAACAAAAUUAAAAGACAACAUUAAAAUAUUGAAAUAUUAAAAUGUAGCCUCAUCGCAGGAGGAGAAAGGAAAAGAAAAAAGAAAGAGGGGGAGGGAAUCAAUUUGGCUCCAAGCCAAAGGCCAGGUGGAACAACUCUGUCUUACAGGCCCUGCGGAAAGAAAUCAGAUCCCGCAGGGCCCUGGUCUCAUGAGACAGAGCGUUCCACCAGGCCGGGGCCAGUGUUGAAAAGGCCCUGGCUCUGGUUGAAGCUAAUCUAACUUCCUUAGGGCCCGGGACCACUAGGGUGUUGCUAUUUAUGGACCUUGAGGCUCUCCGUGGGGCAUACCGGGAUAGAUUAAGAGAUAGAUUUCUAUGACCAGCAAGCAUCUUGCUCAGAUGUGUAACACGCAAAUGUUGCUCCCGCUUGGCAAAUGAGUUGUGAACAUUUCAUGAAGUUUUAAGGUUCACCGAUUGUCGUUGGUUUUCUUGUCUAUUCAAUUAUUUGUUCUCUUCUCAGACGUUAGUGUCACUGUGCUAAUCACUCCGAGUCUUUAUAAAAGACUGCCCUGGAGUUUCUUGACUCUUUGGCUUGUUCUAGCAGAUGGAUUCUAAGUGUUAAACGUGUUUGGCAUUUCUCCAUCUGUUGACAGUUAUUCUGACAGAUGAAGAGGUUCAGAGGAAAAGAGAGAUGAUAAUGAAGAGGAAGGAAGAGGAAGCCCUGAAAGAGAGCCUAAAGCCCAAAUUGUUGGAGGAGCAACAGCGGACCAUCGAUAUCCUCCUGGAAGCCCACCGCAAGACCUAUGAUUCCACAUACUCUGAUUUCAACCAAUUCCGGGUAAGCUUCAGGCCCCACUUUCCUUCUAACUUCAUUAUGGCUGUGACUAGUAGGACACCUGCUGGUGGAAUAAGUAAAUUGAAGCAGUAGUUCUGAAUCAGCGAAACCUUUGCUCCCUUCUCACUUGGAAGAAAGUAACAUGCAGCCUGCAAACUGAAGCCAGUUAGGUAGACCCGCAAUCUACCUGCUGUGAGUGAACUACAGUCAUACGUCGGGUAAAAUGUGCUUCAGGUUGAGCGUUUUCAUGUUAUGCUCCGCGGUGACCCGGAAGUAACGGAGCACGUUACUUCCAGGUUUCGCCGCUCGUGCAUGCACAGACACUCAAAAUGACUCAAAACACAAGCAGUCGCGGGUUGCAUUUACUUCAGGAUGCAAACGGGGCUCCGGAACAGAUCCCGUUCACAUCCAGAGGUACCACUGUAUAUGAUAUUUCCUUUUUUCUUUUUUUUUUAAAUGAUAUUUAUUGAAAGUUUUUUAGAAUUACAAAAAAGAACAAAGCAGAAAAAGAGAAAAAAAAGAAAAAACAAGGAAAAAACAAACCACAUCAAACAAUACAAAUUCAAAAAACAAAAAUACACCACAAACACUCAAAAACAAAUCCAUCAUUCUCGAAUCCUCAACUGUCAUUGCCUUCUUUCUUUGACCUCCUCCUCCUCCCUUUUUUUGUAUCCUAGUUGUUAAUUAUCGCAGCAAAUCCUUUCCAUAUUUCAUAAUAUUCUGUCAUUACAUUACCUUAAUCUAUUUUAAUCUUAUCUUACUAUAAAGAACCUUAAAACUUAAAACUUGAAUCUUAAUUUUACCAACUUCUCAUAACCAUAAUAUUCUUACAUAAUUCUUUAAACAUUUUUGCUAAAGCCAAAUAAUUUCGUUCCAACAUUUUUCUAACAUUCAUCAAUUUUAUAAAACAAUCCUAAUAAUAAUAAAAAAUGAAAUAAAGACAAUCCAAUCUUCAUCUAGCGUCCCUUCCUCCUGGUCCCGGGUUUUGUCAGUCCUUAUUAUCCCAUCGAUCUAGCGCAUUAACCUGGUAACCUUGUAUCCGAGGCCCUUAAGUCUCUUCCAUGUCCCUUCCGUGGCUCUUCUUCAUAUUUAUAACUGUAUUUUCCUUUGUCUCCUGCUCCUUUCACUCAUGGGAACUCCAGCUUAACAAUGUUUUUAACCCUUCUCGACAAAUCAGCCCCUUUUCCAUAGUCCACACUAAACUCCAUGUGGUAUUUGAGAACAUGUUUCAAAAACCCUCCAAAAUUAAGAGCCCCCACAACCCCAAACAACUCACGGCCCAUUGCCAGACUUGCAAAGUCCAAAUAUCCCUGCAUAGGGGGGUCUAUCCAACCCCCCAUUUCCAAACCAAACUUUAUCUUUCCAAAUCUGGCUUUUUCCAAGUUCAUUUGUCAAAUCCAAAAGCUCAUGUUCCUGCUGGGCCACAACUCCCUCCGUCUCUGGCGCCCAAGAUUCAGCAGCAUUCUCUUCCCUCAUCUGUUCCGUCAGGGCACACUCCUGAUUUAAUUCCUGGGUGGGCUCCAUAUAAUUUCCCACUGCCUGGUCAAAAUUUCUAAUCGCAUCAGUCAUCAAAUCCGUCUUCUCAUGUAGCUGUUCCAGUAGGGCAUUUGUUUUAGAGAAAGCACACAACAGAGCUUCUGAAUACAUUGUCCUGCAAGGUCAGAAGUCUGUUCCCACGAUUGUAAUCUGUAACAGCUGCAAGCUCCCCGGAGUUGGUUACAGUUUCACAGUCUCCCUCUAGGGGGAAAACUUCUAUUUGUUCUUUCUUUUAAAGACAGGUCUAUCAACAAAGUUUCCUUUUUCAGAUAUUUUGUCAAUAUUUGUUCCUUUAAAAAGCGAAGGGGGACAAUGGAAUCAAUGUUUCUCUUCUUAUAGCUAUCUGUCAAAAACGUUUGUCUCUGGUCAAUGAGCUUCAAAAAACGUCAGUCCUGACACCCCGCUCCAGGAUCAGGAAGGUGGAAAGUUACUUUACUUUACACUCACUUUUGCAGGUUUAAACAGUCCGAAAAAAUCCCCCCUCUUCCCCUGCUUCCGAAGGGGGUUCAACAAUUUUAAAUGGUGAAAGUUAAUCUUUUGCAAGCGAUUUUCUGAGCUCUAGUUUGCCAUGUCAUUGCUUUAAUCUAUCUACAAAGAAACGGAAGGCUGACUUCCUGUUUAGACCUUCCCGUUUCAGUGCCAAAUUGAGGUAAACUUUUAAGUCCAAUUUUCCUUUCUGCUCACAAGUCCUUAUUUAAAGUGCAAUUGUCCGAAUUUAGGUACUCACGGGUGAUUAUUUUAGAAGCCAAAUUGUCCCAGGAAAAAGGCAGCGCUCUCUGGCAAUGGCUGUGCGGCUUCGCUCCACGGAAGAAGCAGUUAACUCUCAGCACCGCGCCACUUCCCCCUCUUCGCUCCGGAGCCCGUUAGUGGGUUCUUUUGUGGGUUGGGGGGGGCGCUAAAGGUGCCCGCCGAGUCCCAUGGUCACAAGCUUCAUCAGCCUGUGAUUUUUGAAAGGGUCCCCGCUUCGCCGUAGCAGAAAAGACCCGUUUCGCGUGGAGCUAGUCCCUCCAGAUCAGAGGGAGUCCGCCAUUGCCGAUGGCGCCACCCCGGAAGUGUAUAUGAUAUUUCCUUACCUUUGCCUUUGGAACUGGCAGGUGGCUAUCAGAACUGGCAGGUGGCUAUCAGAUGCUGUGGUCUAAACCACUGAGCCUAGGGCUUGCCGAUCAGAAGGUCGGCGGUUCGAAUCCCUGCAACGGGGUGAGCUCCCAUUGCUUGGUCCCAGCUCCUGCCCACCUAGCAGUUCGAAAGCACAUCAAAGUGCAAGUAGAUAAAUAGGUACCACUCCAGCGGGAAAGUAAAUGGCAUUUCCGUAUGCUGCUCUGGUUCGCCAGAAGCAGCUUAGUCAUGCUGGCCACAUGACCCAGAAGCUGUCUGCGGACAAACACCGGCUCCCUCGGCCAGUAAAGCGAGAUGAGUGCCGCAACCCCAAAGUCAGGGUCCCUUUACCUUUACCUUUAAGAGAAGCUUUUGAAACGGUGGCAUUCGUAAAAUUUUUGUGUGCUUUGUUAAAUGCCAUAAUUAACAUGUGCGCUGAAUCAAUAUGAUCUGGUUGCGGGUGAGGUGCUUUCAAAUCUCUUAGCCUCUGAGCCUGCUACUUGUCUUUGAAGGCCUAAUUCUGAAGCCACUUAUUCCAUUGGACGGUGUGGAUACCAGAAUGCCAGGCUUCUGGUGGGCGGGUGUACCAUUUAGCCACCUGUUGGCACAUCUUCCUCAGCUGCACUCACGUCCUGAAACAGCUGUUUUCCUCAGUUCUGAGGAAGAAAGAGCAGGGAGGAGAAAGCACUUGUGGCUGAGGCAGCCACAACUCCUUCCUGUUUGGUAAGAACUAGUGAAACAGCUGGGAACUAGAGCUCAGCUUUGGGGUUUGAGUGACGCACGUAAGAGCUAGGGAGAAGGGCUGGGGCAGAGAGAGAAGUGGGGGAAAGAGAACCAGCUCUGUCUGACUCAUGGUUUUGACAACUUGGAGCUGGUAACACUUGUUGUUUUGUGCUACUUCCCAAUAGACUUCCGCCUCUCCUCUCUCUGCCAGCUGAUAAUAUUCUAAGCAAAACAAAUGUCUCCACCAUGGGAUUAUAGCUUCCAAGUACCCUUCAGUUCCUGGCCCCACCCUGAAAAUGACACAAAUGUGAUAAUUAAGUAUCGUACAUGAUGUGAGUUGGCAUUUACAGAUGCCUUUUCAAUGUUCACAUACAUAAGAUGCUAAAUACAUAUUUGCUGUGGCUUUCUGGCUCAUAACAUGCUUUUUCUCUGUGUGUGUGUUUUCUAAGUCUGCCUUUCUACAUUACUGUAGAAAUUAGCCAUGUUGGGGGGAAAUCAUGGUACAUCAGAAACAUUUUUACCUAGGGGGAACCGUUAAUCUUAAGGAAAUGGGUUGACAGGGUAAACGAAUUAGGCGAAAUUUAAAAGAAAUAAAACAUAGUGGGUGGGACUUUAUAAAAGUAUUCUGUAUCAAUCUGGCCCCAAUUCCCAUUUAGUUAAUUGGUGGGAAAGCUCUAAGGAUAUUUUAGAGAAGUAAAACCAGUGCUUUUUUUCUGGGGAGACGCAGGGACCCCUAAACAUUUUGUGAAUCUAAGUUUGGCCUCAUUGAGGGGGAGUAUUUCAAUAUGAGUAGGAAAAUGAGAGUACCCCUAAACAUUUAUUUAUUUUUUUAGAAAAAAGCACUGUGUAAAACCAUUCUUUUUUCCUUAGCAAGGGGCCCUUGUCAGUGCACAAAUUUACCAGCAAAUAGAACUAAAGUGUUGGGGUCAGACAGAGAUGUUUUUUGAAAAGAGCAAUUGACAAAUAGUUGGAAUGGUACCCUUUUUUGUUUCAGCCUCCUGUGAGACUUGAUUCAGGCAGAAGAAGCACAAGCAGAUCUUCCUCUCUUAUGUCACAAGGUUUCUCUUCUUCAGAAGACUCUUCAGACACUUUCAGCUCUUCCCCAGGUAAUGUGAAGAUUGCCAAAUGACCUCCAGGCUCACAGCAAACAAAUCCAGGAAUGUUAUCUCCAGCUAUGGAUUUGUUUUCUCAUCUGCCAGAUUCAGUUCCCCUUUGUCUUGUAGAUCAGAGCUCCUUAGGAUGCACAGCCCACCCCCUCUCAUCUUGUGGCUCAGUUGCUGAACUUGAAUCCUCCUUCACAGAAACCUUUAAUACAUUUGCUAGAUCUGGCUUUUUUAAAGCCUUAAUUUUUGAUUUAAGAAACAAAAAAAGCCCUACACCUGAAAUCAAAAAUUUAAUCUGUGUGCUUUCCCCUCUAUCUUGCAGAGCCCAGGAUGUUAUCGAGUGUGGAGCUCAGUGAUGACAGCGAUGAAAGUGCAACCAUGUCCAUGGACUUCUCACACCUUUCUAUGCUGCCUCACGUGGCCGACCUUGUUAGCUACAGCAUCCAAAAAGUGAUUGGAUUUGCAAAAAUGAUUCCAGGGUUCAAGUAAGGAUGCUUGCUUUGGUUUCUUCAGAAUGGUUCGAUGCGUUUUCCUUCCCUUGAAUGUAUUUGUGUGUGUGUGUUUAAUACAUUCUUUUUAAAAAUUGUACCACACCACACAGCUUCCAGAAGGAGACUUCUGGGUUGGUUGCAACAAAAAUAAAAAACUGAAAACAACUAAACAGUAUUAAUAAAUACAUACAGGAAAUCAUUUCCCCAGGAGAAUGGUAUUUUUCAACUCAAUAAAUUUAGGAACUUAGAAUACAUUUUCCCAGCUGCCUUCUAUCCAGACGUAAUUUGAGUAAAUCCUUCAAUAUGGCUGUGAGCAAGAACAUCAAUGUCAUUAUUGCCUCUGCUUCUCGCUCUCCUCAUCCAUUUAGCCUGCAGUGAGGUUGCUUAUUAAGAAAUCUCAUUGUAAAUUGAGCAUUAAUGGAGCUGUUACCUGAUCAUUCUGACACAUGGCUCAGUUGAAUGAGGAUUUCCUCAGCUUUUAUCUGCCCGAACAUUGCAGGAUGUGCAUCAGUUAUGACUUGACAUGAUUGAACUUAAGCUGUUCCUAUCUACUGGACAGCACUGCACUCCCACAAUGAAGAGCAAUGGUCAUGUCAAGCCGGGAAAUUUAACUGAGCUCACAGUUGGAGUUUAUGAGUUGUGCAUGGAUUACUCAGCACUUGAUGGCUCUUAACCCAAUAUGUGGGCUAUUUACAUUGAAAAGUGUUGUACAAGAAUUGGGGGAUACAAUUCACAUAUGCUACAGUCAAUGUGUUAUGGGCACAAACUGGUGAACCAACCCAUAGUGUUUUGCACAUGGUUCUUCAGAGGAGACUGGAGGCUGACAUUCAGAGGGUUGAGUAAAUGAGAUCAGUGAAAUGAUAAAGUGCACAAUUGUUCACUGAGGUAGCUCCUUUGAGUAUCACACAGUAAACUGUAGUGCUGGAAGGAAGCAAAUAAUCAGUUCUAACCCCUAUAUAAUGGAGUGUUAUGAUGCUGGAUGCUUUGAGGUUUCAUAUAUAUAUUCUCUUUUCCCUAAAUGUAGAGAUCUAACAGCGGAGGACCAGAUUGCUCUACUGAAAUCCAGCGUCAUUGAAGUAAUUAUGCUCCGUUCAAAUCAGUCAUUUUCACUGGACGAUAUGUCCUGGACCUGUGGCAGCAAUGACUUCAAAUACAAAAUCAGCGAUGUCACUCAAGGUACAGUAGUUUUAGGUGUGAAUGGUAUAAGAUUCCAGUCAAGCACAAGGCUGCUCUGGAGCAGCCACCGAAAUGAGCUUGUCUCAUCUUGAUUUGCUUACAAUUAAUAUUAGGUAUCAUUAUCCCUAGAAGAUACAACUCAAGGCCUACAGAAGGCUAAAGUAGUGCAAAAGUUAGGAUAAGUACAAUCCGUGAGGUAGUGGUCCAAUGAUCUGCUUAAUUUAGUGAUUAAAAUAUUAAUAUGUUGCUUUUUGGGUUCUGCAAAAUGGUUUGGAAAAUAUAAUUUGAGAAAUAAUGGAAGUUAGGUGAUGAAUCCAAGAAUGAGGGAGAGUUGUGUUUCUCACUUAGUCUAUUGAUAUUUUGGAACCAAUUCAUGCGAUUACCUUUUCAGGUUUUUCCCCAACUGUGAAGACACAAUUGAGUCAUCACAGUUAGGCAACUGGGUAGGGAGAUGGGCCAUUUCAUUGCUUCAUAAUGGACUCAGUUCCAGCUUUUAGCAUGCCACUACAAACACAACAAAAAACAGUGUUGUGUGAUGUGUUCAAUAAAAAGCUGGGUGCCUGUUUCAGCAUUCAGACAACCACUUUGCCGUCUCUGUUCUCCACCUGCAGAAAGUCAAAAGUAACUUCUCCAACAUGGAGAAAGUGGGAAGUUCAAAAAGCAUUCAUAUAAAUUGGUCCUUAUAAGUAAUGGGUGAAUCAUCAGUUUGGGUAUUCUGUUCACAUUAACAACCAAAGUGCCGGCAGCCCAUCAUAUCCAUCAUAUUUAUAAUUCUCAAACCCCUAGUUAUUUGAAGAUGCCGUGGCACUUGCAAAAUGGAGCCAAAGUCACAGAACUGGAGGUGUCAGAAUUAUCAUUGCUAGCCAGCCCUGAAAUGGCCAGGAGAUAAUAUAGUGAAAUCAUACCUGAGUGACUUGCAGGCUGACUAUGCUUCAUUUUGAUGGAGGGAGUGUGCAAACACCAGCACUUGCAUCAGAAGGGAAAGCUCUUGACCCUUAAUAGUUCCUGAAUGUGUGAGUAAAAACGGAAACUUCCACAUAUGUUCAGAUACAAAGUUUCCAGGACUGGAGCAUUUCCUGUUCUGAAAGGAGGAUAGUAUUAUCAUGCCAACUGAGCAUGAGCGAAUUCGUCUGUUUUGUGAGGUCUCCAGGCAGGAUUGGCUGACCAAUCCACGUGUGAAUUUAUCUUUAAUUUUGCUUCUUGCUCUGUUUCAUGUUAGCUGAUAAAUCUAUCAAGAAUCUAGAGCCUGCCUCUCAAAAGGGUUUUUAUGUUUCUGUUUCAGCUGGGCAUAGCCUGGACUUGCUUGAGCCCCUUGUUAAAUUUCAGAUCAACCUGAAGAAGCUGAACCUGCAUGAAGAAGAACAUGUUCUCCUCAUGGCCAUCUGCAUCCUGUCUCCUGGUAAGAGAAACUUUUGCCUUUUCCGGCUGUGUUUUAAUUGUAGAUUAAAACCAGCACCAACCACGGGUGGCAUCUACAAGCCAGCCACUUCUGGGAUAUAAUUUCUAUAUAGGAAAUAACAUGCACAGUGGUGUAUGCUGUCCUGUGUGAAAAGAAUGCAAGCAUCUGCUUUGCCACAAUUACAUUUUGAGUGAUGGGUGUACAUGGAAGGAAAAAUAUAAGCCAUAAGAUUGGAUUUUGUUCUGUUUUUUUUUACUAUACCUUCCACAGAGCACAAUAUACCUUCCACAAAUGUAUCCUUACCCUUUGGCAAAUACUGAGAAGCUGUAGCCUCCUUCAUUGAUCAUGCAGGAGUCUUUGCUACUCUUUUAUUAUGAUUAUUCAGGAUCCUAAUCAUUUGUUGACACUUAGGGAGGGGAGAGAAAUUCUCUUCAUUUUGCAUUCAUAGGCAUCACUACCCAAUUUGCACUUUCCCAUACAACACACAAACUGAAACAUAGCCAUCCUUCAAAAUCCGUGUGACUCCACAAAUUUUGCAAUAAAAUUAUCCAGCCAGGUAACAUGUGCAGGAAUGCAAAUAAAUACAAAUACAAAUAUCUUUAUUGUCAUUACGAAUUAAAACAUUUCAAAACACUAGGAUAAAUUUAAAAGGGACAGGGAUGAGGCUGUCGAGGAUCACACGGUACUCGAUUGUUCUGCUUCACCCUGUCUAUUCCCUAGAGGGAUGAUUCAUUAAGAACCCUUUCGGGUAAGAUGGAGGUUAAAAAGUAAGCCACUGGGGCAGUAACGUCCUUGUCCCUAUCCGCUAGGAGGAACCUCAUUUGGCUUUCUCUUGGAACUGUGGGUCACAGGAAUGCAUACACUAGGGCAUAGUGUGCAUAAACAUGCAUGUGUCAGUGAAAAUGACAUAUAAAAAUGCAUUAUACUAGGGAAACUUGUUUUGCAGAAAUGUUUACGUAAAAAUUGCAAAAGAAGUAUAUUAGGAGAAAUUUGUAGCAAAUUUCUGAUGAAUUUCCACAAUGGCUUUUUGUAAAAAUAAAAAUGCAAACUGAUGUGGAAAUGUGGAGGACUGAAUUUAGCUACUUCUGAUUUCCUACUAGUUUGUUUCCUUAGCGCAGGGGUCUGCAACCCGCGGCUCCGGAGCCGCAUGUGGCUCUUUUACACCUUUGCCUCUGGGGUGGAUACUAGCGAGGGGAGGAGGCGCAUUGUGCGCCCCGACACUCCCCACUGUGGCGGGCGCUGUACUGGCUGUGACGUCGCAUGGGGGCGGUGCGUGCGUUGGUCACGCACCAUCCCGACGUCACCUUCCCGCCCGCUGUCAGAUCGCGGCUCCGGAGAUAUGUUUGUUUUAAAUGUCGCAAUGGUUUUGCGGCUCCCAGUUCGGAAACGGGUCCAAGUGGCUCUUUUUGUCUUAAAGGUUGCAGACCCCUGCCUUAGCGCAUAAAGCUGAGGAAAUGGAGUCUGCUGAAGUAGGGCCUCAUUUUGAGCGGCUGCCUUUUCCUGAACAUCCAAGGGGGAAUCAGCCAUUUGCCUGACAGCACAGGGAGGUGCUUCAACAUCAUUAGCACCUAGCCUCCCCCUCUCCCUUAUUUUUAAAAAUGUUGCUAGAAUGUUGGGAUUGCAACGAAUGAGCAGCAGAACCCCUGGAGUUUUCCUUGCCAGAAGCACAAGGCAAGAAAAAGUCCGGCAAGUGGUGCAAGGGGUCUCUUUUGCUGCCUACACAACAGGGGUGGGGAGCCUCCAGAGGCCAAAUUCAGUUGUCGAGGCCUCUCUGUCUGCCCUGUCCCUGCUCCACACCUUCUCUGAGUAUUUUUGCCUGGGCUGGAAUGUUUCCUUGAACCAGUGAUGGUGCCGCUUGCUUGCUUGCUUGCUUGCUUGCUUGGAUGCAGAGAGUCACCUCUGACUUUUGCAUGGCUGGAAUGUAAACUGCUCUACAAAAGUAAGAGUCUCAUCCAUUGCUCCACCCACUUUUUUGCUGUUUGCCAAUGUCAUGGGUUCCCCAGAGGAAAGGUUCCCCACCUGCUAUAAAAGCUGCAGAAGGAAGGAGAUGACUGCUUUCUUCAAUAAGUUAAGAACAAGCAGCAGGGGCAGUAAGAAAGCAGCAUGAGCCUCAGCUCUGAUAAUUGCAUAAAACACAACCUAAGCUACAUUCAGUGAUCUGAACUGUUGCUCUUAAAGGCUCGAUGCUCAUUUUUUCCCCAUGCAAAAGAGACCUGGGCUGAUAUCUUCCGCUGCUUUAUUUUAGCAGAAAUGAAACAUGGUAUUUCACGCUCCUCGGAUCUUAAUACUCCAUUUCACGCCUCUGCUUUUGGCAUGAAACAUAUUAGAGGAUGUGUGAGUGUAACUGUGCAAAUUCAGCAAUGUUAAGAGCCGAGUUAGUAGCUCUGAGAGUAGUUGUGGGGAUGCCUAUAAUAGGAAACUAGUACCUCGGGUUAAGUAAUUCGUUCCGGAGGUCCGUUCUUAACCUGAAACUGUUCUUAACCUGAAGCACCACUUUAGCUAAUGGGGCCUCCCACUGCCGCUGCGCCACCAGAGCCCAAUUUCUGUUCUCAUCCUGAAGCAAAGUUCUUAACCUGAGGUAAUAUUUCUGGGUUAGCAGAGUCUGUAACCUGAAGCGUAUGUAACCUGAAGCGUAUGUAACCCGAGGUACCACUGUAUCAGACAGCAUGGGCCGAUUGUCGGGAACUAGUAUUCAGAACACAAAAGAGGGGAAAAGUCAAACUUAACCACAAGUAGAGGGAACAGAAGACUCUUGUUGUCCUUGUCUUUUUGCCUACCCUGGUCACUGGAGGUGUGUUUGUUUUCUGUUCCUAGACCGCCCUGGCGUUCAGGACACUGCUCUGGUGGAGUCCAUCCAAGAUCAUCUUUCAGCUAUCCUGCAGACAUACAUUCUCUGCAGACACCCUCCUCCGGGCAACCGCUUGCUCUAUCCCAAGAUGAUCCAGAAACUUGCAGACCUCCGGAGCCUGAACGAGGAGCAUUCCAAGCAAUAUCGCUGCCUCUCCUUUCUUCCGGAGCACAGCAUGCAGCUCACUCCGCUGGUCCUCGAAGUCUUUGGCAAUGAGAUCUCCUGACUCGGUGACUGGGAAUGAAACCUGUUGAAGUAAAGGGAGAAGUCAGCCCAGCUUCCCGCUGGUGGCAAACUGAGAGCUUUGGCCCAAGUUGAAGUUUUGUAUAUUCUGUUGGCAAGAGUUUUGAUUUUUUUUCCCUUUCCACACUACCAGAGGGGGGCUGCCUUGUUUGUAUAUCUUCAGCCUCAUAUUUUGCAUUGCUGCUGAGCAGCAAUUCGCAAGCCCAGCCCCUUCUCUCCUGCCUAUCAAAACUAAAGAGCUUUCUCACUUGUUGCUUUGCCAUGAUGAAACCGCUUGUUGCUUUCUUCAAUGUUGAGCUUUUCAAGCCAGCAACUGAAACGUCUGUGCUGUGUCUUAAAUGGAAGGUGAAUGGUUGAAUAACAACGGGUGGAAUUUAAGAUUUGUGAUGGAUUGGACAUGGGAUAUUCUUUCUUUUAACACGUUGAGAGCUUUUGGUUCAGAAUGACUGUAACAUGCAGGGAAGAGUAACUGUUAUUCUCGGUGCAAAAUGUCAACCCCCCUCACCUCUCAUCAUUUUCUGCCAAACCUCAGAGCUCGUCAGUACUAUUAAAAGUAUUUAUUAACCUAGGAAUAAACAGAAAAAACACAGGCUGUGUACACAUUACCAGCUUAAAAUGCAGCUAGGUUGCUCUUUUCCUUAAUUUGGAUCAAAGGUGAUUUGGGGGGGAAUGCAUCAAAAUGCAGGAGAGAGGGAAGAGAGAUAUGGAUUAAAAUAAUGUCGCAUGUACACCUCUUCCGAAACCAGUGGUGGGAGUGCAUUGGUGCAGAGUAAAACACAGCCAGGUUUACAGGAAUAAAUAACCUGUGUCAUCUUUCUGACUUUUUUUUAGUGUGUAUAAACGUGCCUGGCACAUUGUUGUCACUAAAUAAAUUUGUAACGGGAGGAAAAUUAUAUUUGACCUGUGACCUGGUGUAGACACUCUGGGAGUUGACUUCCUAAUAGCCAAGCCCCUGCCUGGUGCGCAGCCUUGUUUCCCAAGAAAUAAGCCUGCUAACAACUCAUGUCCUGUUUGCAGCGUUAGUUCUUACACUGUUUCAAGCACGGCCAGCUGCCAAGAGGAGUACAGAACUGGCUUCUCACCAAGCCAGCAGGCUUGAGUUUGUUCAGGAUCACUUUGGGUUACUUUGGAGUGGCAAGGGGGAAACACCCUUUAUCAGGAUAAGCCACAUGCAAAGUACCACCUAAAAUAUUCCAGCCAUCAUAUUGAGAAGUACUCUGCAGAGGUGAUUUUCAGAUGUCUCCAUGCUGGAGCCAUAAUCAGCCCUUAGUAACACUCAGGGAGGCUGAAAGUGACAUUUUGUGAGUUUGACAACUUCUGGACUACUGUAUAUGACCUCUGGAAAAACAAAGCACAUGGGAGCUGUGUGCUGAAAAGGGAAGUAAUUCAUCGCCAAUAUUAAAAUAAUUUCUUUGCAGAGAACAUGCUUGGGAUAUUUAGUUGUAGCUUCAUUGGUUCCACAGAAUCCAAAAGUAAGAUUGGAGGAUACAUAGCUGUCAAUUGCACAAAACAGAAAUGUAAAAUUAACUGUCAACAACAGAGAGAGAGCAAAGAUGAAUAUAGACGUUCUCUCCUAGUCGCUCAAUAGUGGCCUAUUCAUCAAAUACGUACAAGUGUACUACUCUCUUCAAACACAUAGUGUACAUUCACCAAUAUGUUAUUGUAUUUGUGUGGGGUUUUUUUUAUUACUGCAAUAGCUGCAAUUUGCACACUGUAUACACAGCUACAGAUUGUCACUUAAAAUGUCUGGUGAGAUGACGAGAAAUCAGUUCCGUGAAUCAAGGAAGGUCACCUUGAACCCCUUAGUUUAACAAAUCCUUUGGGGUUGUGCUGGUAGGGUUUUGAAUAUGGGAAUAAAUCAGGGCAGGGAAGGGAGCUUCCAUGGAUUGAAAUCUCCCUCUUGCUCACUAGGUGUCAGUAGGGUAAUAGGGUAGGGUAGAAAGUAAUUAUUGUGCAAAGUGCCUUGAGUCUGCUCCAGAGCAAUGAAUCGGUUCCUCCCAAAGUUAUGGCUAGAAUCUCUUACUCUAAAAUUAGUCUUAAUUACUAGGAUUUGGUCGGAUUCAUCAAAGUCUUUAACUUCCUUCUAUGCUCGUUGGAGAGUUGGCACAAGGGCAGCCCACCCACAUGGAGUAAGUCUGUGGUGCCCCCCCCCCAACCUCCCAGCAGUACAACUAUUUCCCUUUUCACAGACCUUUGCAGCCUGGCAGUGGGGACAAAAAGAAAGUACAUGUAUCUUAAGAUAGAUAGACUUGUAAUGCAAGCCUUCCAAACUCAUUUUCAAAGCCCACUUGAGUUGCAGGGGCAAAUAUCAGCCACUUUAUCCAGCUACUUCAGAAAGGCUUGUCAAAUGUUUUUAAUAAAACAGAUAUUUUAGGGUUUUUUGGAUACUGUAGUGGCAUUUGCAACCUGACUUUGCAUGUAACCAUACAGCCAUUUACAUGGUUAGCAGUGUUUCAGCCUCAUGCUGUUGCCACGAGUGCCAUACGGUUUGAAAGGGAGAUGUGCAUCUGCGCACGCACGGGCAUGCGCCAGGGAGUUGUGGCAAUUCCCUGGCAUGCGCUGCUGUGCUGAAAGAUGCCCAGCUGCUUAUCCAGGAGAACAUUAUUGAGUGGAUGCACUUUGCAAAGCCUGCCCGCCUCCCAAAAUGUGAGAAGCAGUUGUGCUAAGUUAGAGGGCACGCUGCCGAUUCUGAGAGAGGUUUCUGUGUGUAGCUUUGCUUGUUAGGCUUACUUGCAAGGGAGAAAUUAGCAGUUCCUUGCCAUUCUUUCUUUGCUUAAGCGGUGGAGGGAGAGUGGGACUUGCCUGAAACAAAAAGGCAUAUAACAUUUGUAGGAAUCACAGUCUUAGGUGCAAGAUUUCCAUCCUGUCUCAGGAAAUAACCCUCAAGCCUAAAGGGAUGGAGGUAUCAAUAUGCUUGUUCUGUCAAUGUGGAGAAGAGUGGAACCUAACCUGCUCCCCAAAACCGUGUGUUAUUUUAAACUGCUUGUAGAUGAGCUAGCCCUGGGUUAUUUUUUCAUUUUUUAAAGCCAAGCCAGCUCUUAGUUCUAUUGUGAAUCUUUCACACAGAUCUAUUGCUGUUUUUCCUCUGAUUCUUUUUUUUAAAAAAGAAGGUUUUUUGGGGGGUUGUCUUUUGGUUGUCUGCCCUAAGCCAUGAGGAUAGAAGACUGUUUGCAGUCAUUGGAAAACAAACCAGGCUGCUGUAUUUUCCCAGUAGCUUGGGAGAGUGGUUUAAAUACCCAGCUCCUGUGUUAAAUCCAUUAAUGAUGCCUAUGCUGAACAAUUUGCACCAGGUUUUGUGGUAUAAUUGAAUGUGUAAAUAGCUAUUUAAUAUGGGUUGAAAAUGGUCUAUUGUAAAAUGUAAAUUGGAUUUUAGACAUUUUAAGGACAAUGAUAGUUGAACCAUAGCUGCUCUUUUUUCAGAGAUGCUGGGGUUUAUUUUUGCCAAGUCUGCAUGUGAAAGCCAAACCUGUACAAUAAGAGAGGAGUAGCUUCUUUCCAAAUGUGAAACACAAAUCAUCUCUUGUUGCCUUGUGUAAUUUAAAUCAUGCAAUGCACUUUAUAAAAAAAUCAGUAGAAUUAUUUAAAGAGACAAAUCUAUAUUUUAAUUAUAGUGGUGGUAAAUAUGAUGAAGACCUAGAGGCGAAUGCUAUCUUUUUAUUCCUCUGUACAUCUUUGGGCUUUUUUUCUAAUGGAUAAAUGGAUCUAAUAUUUAAAAAACCAAAACCUAUUCCAGAGCUUUAUUGACAGGACAAAGAAUGAUUGAAUACUGUUUUCGUAGUUGUAAGUGUAGAAUGCUGUUACCUUAGUAAUAAAAACGUACUGCUUUGUGAGAAAAAAA